AUGCCUAGUUAGCUAACUAAUUAGCCUAGCCAGUUAAAUCGAUUGACCCAUGCGUUAAUAAGCUAGCUACUUCCAUCAUCAAAUGAAUGCCAACAAUUUAUCAAUCUAGUAGUUGGUGAGAUAUCUAAAAAAAAAGUUGCUCUCAACAAGGAGGUUGCUUUAUCUCUUGUUUUGCAGCUAUUGCGCCCAGCAGUGGAGAGCGUCCUCAUUCAUGCUCCAGACAAUUGAAGCAUGCUAGUAACGUUAGUAUGCAGCCCAACAUAGUCAGAAGAGAUGCCGGAGUCUGGCAUCAAACGAGAAGCCUGCUUUACAAGAAUGUACUCAUCAAAUGGAGGACUAAACAACAAAGCCUGCAGGUUGGUAAUUUGCUGCACCUUGUGUUUUGUCUGUCUGAUUUGAACCACAUUGGGUCAGUUUCCCGGACACAUUAAACCUAGUCCAGGACUAAAAGCAAUUACAAUUGUUUCCCCAUUGAUUUUGUUUUUUAGUCCAGGACUAGCUUUAAUCUGUGUCCAGGACCUUUAUGUUUUGCGUCUGAGAAAAGUAGCUAGAUGUAUAACGUUAGCUAACUAGCCAACUCAUCUGUAUCUAACCCGUGCUGCCAGCAUCAUUUCCUGCUGCCAGGAGAACGCUAAUACGAAAGUAUUAUUGUAUUAUACACAACACCUUUUAGUUUUUACAAAGAAAUCCUUUCUCUUGUUUUACCGACCUCCAGAGCCUUUUGGCUUUAGCAUGCGCCACACCUGCCCACAAGCUUCUGUAAACUUGUUGUGACUAGUGAAAAUAUGACUGCCUUCUGCUUUGCAACUCAGCAGGUCUCCACGACCGUUCCAUCUUUGACCAUUCCAUCUUUGAUUUGGAAUUGGGGAAAAAAAGAUGAAACCUUUCCUCUUUUUUUGUGCGUUUUCCUUCAUUGUAGGGCCAUGCAUUUUUCAUUUUGAUUUAAGUUGCUCUAAUGCAUUAUUAAUGUGUGUCUCUUUCAUAUUUUCCUCCAGGGGUAGCUAGUGUUUGAGAGGGGCCUCCUGGAAAUUAAGUAGCUGUUUAAGGCAGCUAGUGGUGAAUAACUAGGUUCCAAAUGGCAUCCUGUUUCCUUUGUAGUGCACUACUUUUUUCCAGAACCCCAUUAAUCCUGGUCAAAAGUAGUGCACUAUAUUGGGAAUAGGGUGCCAUUUGGGACAUACACUAAGACUUAGAGCUCCUACUGUACUUGUGCUGUCAAAAUGAAGUGGUCGAUAGGCUUGGGCAGUAUCUAGAUUGUCAUACCUUUAUACCGCUCUUGUGCCAUCCCAGGACAUUCGGUAAUACCGGAACUGAACACAAGGAGCUAGCUAAUUAAAAAAAACUUCAAAGAAAUACUUUCAACGCUUUUGACUGUAUUGAAAAACCAUCCCUUGGCUAUUUCCAAAUACCCCGGUAUACAGUAUAGACUAGGCUUUUUAAUCCUUCCAGCCACACCAACCGCUCGUUGACUGUCAUCACCCAUCUUGGGCUGGCUGCAAUACUUUUAGAAGUUAUUAAUACGCAACCAAAUAAAUGAAGCAUGUUAUGUAAUGCUCCAAGCCUCCGUGCCAGGCCUGUCUGGAAGCAGAGCACCAAUGCCAGUUUAGCUCUAAUGAUUUUCCUUUGACGAAGAUGUGUUUAUCAAACGUGUCCUUUUUUUGUGUGGAUAUAACUGUUCAUUACAGAUUUAUAAACUAACAAUAAGCAAGUCAUUAAUUGUUUUUAAACUACUUAAUACCCCCUUCACAUGGUGUGCUUUUUACUCCCAAGAAACUGUCUCACAGAGUGUUUUUAUAUGGACCCAAUAGGGGUUAAGGCCCUGUGAUGGGGGGUACAUCAAGCUGCCUCGCUACAGAAACAGGAUAUAGGCUCCUAUGAGCUGUUCUGGCUCGCAAAAGCCAAGGCUGGUGCCAGGCUACUUACUUACCUAUUAGGCAUAGGACUAGGCAUGUCAUAGGAGCAGCUAACACAUCUUUUUUUAUCCGUUGCUGUUUGAAAGAUACGCCAACCUCCAGCCUAGGGCUUGACAUGCCAAACACUCAAAUUUUUACAUUUUAGUCAUUUAGCAGACACUCUUAUCCAGAGCGACUUACAGUUAGUGAGUGCAUACAACUUUUUUUUCUCUUUCAUUUUUUUUUUUUUCAUACUGGCCCCCCCAUGGGAAACGAACCCACAACCCUGGCGUUGCAAGCGCCAUGCUCUACCAACUGAGCGACACGGGGCCCAUAAUUUAGUGUUUCAAUGCAUCUCACUGCUCCCCAAGGUCAGCCUGUCAGAAUUCAGGGUUGUUUAAUAACAAUGCUUGUUUGUCAUCAACCUUGAUGGGAGGGAGAGUUUGAGACCUUGGACAAGCUGCAGACAGUGGGCUGGUUCGACAUGGCAGCCGACAGUGUAAGCGACUGCCGACUGACUGAUUUUACAAAUCACUUUUCAUCAUAAGUAACUACUCAGUCAUUAUUAAUUGUAGAUCAGUCAGUCAAUCACAAUGCAUUACAGAUUUGAUCCGCUCAAACAUGGUCAUCUAGUGGUUAUGUGCUUAUGGGGGAGGAGUAGGGAGUUUGGGGUGGGGAUGUUAUUAGGAUAUUUAUGGUAGUAGGAUGGGGAUGUUAUUAGGAUAUUUAUGGUAGUGUCACUGUGCUGUUUAUUACAAUGACAUGGUGAUAUCUAUUACAAUGACAUGGUGAUAUCUAUUACAAUGACAUGAUGAUAUCUAUUACAAUGACAUGGUGAUAUCUAUUACAAUGACAUGGUGAUAUCUAUUACAAUGACAUGGUGAUAUCUAUUACAAUGACAUGGUGAUAUCUAUUAGGAAUGACAUGGUGAUAUCUAUUACAAUGACAUGGUGAUAUCUAUUACAAUGACAUGGUGAUAUCUAUUACAAUGACAUGGUGAUAUCUAUUAGGAAUGACAUGGUGAUAUCUAUUAGGAAUGACAUGGUGAUAUCUAUUACGAUGACAUGGUGAUAUCGAUUACGAUGACAUGGUGAUAUCGAUUACAAUGACAUGGUGAUAUCGAUUACAAUGACAUGGUGAUAUCUAUUAGAAUGACAUGCUGAUAUCUGUUAGAAUGACAUGGUGAUAUCUAUUACAAUGACAUGCUGAUAUCUAUCCACGUUUUAAUUUGACCUCAGUCUUGUGUAUUGCUAUCUAGGCCGGGUUACUGUAAAGUGCUGAUAUUAAAGGGCUUUAUAAAUGUUUUGAUUUGAUUGAUGCCCUUUAUCACUUUGCUUGAUUAAUUUAGUUAGUGAGUGGUUUAUUGAUUGAUUGCCCUUCCCAGAGUUGUUUAUUUGAUUGAUUGAUUUUGAUUGGCGGGUUUUCUGCUCCAGGAGUUGAUCCUGCCCCUGCUGCUGCUGGGCCUGCUGGUUCUGAUCAGCACCCUGAACCCACAUGUCUACUAUGGAGGUAUCAGGACCAUGGAGUUGGAGAGGGAGGACUACCCCCUCCUCCAGGGUCUGGGAUACACCCCCGUCAACAAUGCCACCAAUCACAUCAUGGAGGAGGUGGCCCAGGAAAUGAGUAAGUAGGAGGAUGGACAUGAAGCUCGAAAAAUGCUAAUAUAAGGGAUAUUGUCUUGCAUUGGAUAUGUGGCACAAAUGCUAAAAAGUUAGCAUUUGGAGACCGUGACCAGGUAAACAAAACCAAGGCGUGGAUUGCACCGUCUCGUCAUGGAUUUACAAACAUUGCAUUGCUGUAGGUUAAGUAUUCACUGGAGCCUGGAUUGAAAUUCGCUUAGGGCCCCCAAACGGCUAGGGCCGGCUCUGACUUCAUGUGUGGGUGUGGGUACGCUGACCCACUGCGGCCCCUCGUGAUUAAUUUUUGUGGCCCCCACCCCCAACAAAGUUGCCCAUCCCUGGUUUAAAUGGACUGAGUGUUAUGGGGACCUGCUGUCUUGGUGGCUUUACAAGUGCAUGCAUCCCAACGGCACCGUAUUCCCUGUGUAGUGCACUACUUUUCAACAGUGCCCUAUGGGCCCUGGUCUAAAGUACUGCACUAUAACGGGAAUAGAGUGCCAUUUGUAUUUACGUCUGCCUUGAUUCUUGUGGUUUCUUCAUUGUAGACAUGCAGGACCGUCUGGAGAUGUUCUCUAGUGAAGAGGAUCUGGAGAAUGCCAGUCUGUAUGAGCCGUCAGGCUACGUUGGGGUGGUCUUCAUGGGCAGCACGCCCACCUCUUACAAGCUGCGCUUCCCUUACAACCAGCUGGCCAUGCCCAGCGACUACACUCAGUCCAUCGGUAAGAGAUUAUUUAAAUAUUGGUAUAGGCGAAAUAAAGAUCUUGUUUUAUGAGCAAGAUUUGUGCCUAUUCCUUCCUUUUGUCCAUUGGUGAGGGAGAGUAAUAUUACCCUCUGUGUACAAGCACAUUAUCCUCAAUAGAAUAUGAAUCCUUUCGCUGUGGAGUGAAAUUAGGAAUUAGAUGUUUGCCUACUGCAAGAUGAUUAUAAACUCCUAGAUGUGAGUUAUAAAGGCAAUAACAGAGUCGGUCUGUAUCUGUCUCUCGCUCUGUCUCGCUCUCUCUCACUGUCCGUCUCGCUGUCUGUCUGUCUGCCUCGCUCUCUGUCUGCCUCGCUCUCUGUCUGGCUCGCUCUCUGUCUGGCUCGCUUUCUGUCUGUCUUUCUCGCUCUCUGUCUUUCUCGCUGUCUGUCUGUCUCGCUUCCGUCUCUGUCUCUCUCUCUGUCUCGCUGUCUGUCGUCUCGUUGUCUGUCUGCCUCACUCUCUCUGUCCGUCUGUCUGUCUCGCUCUCUGUCUGUCUGUCUCGCUCUCUGUCUGUCUGUCUCGCUCUGUCUGUCUCGCUCUCUGUUUGUCUGUCUCGCUCUCUGUUUGUCUGUCUUGCUCUAUGUCUGUCUUGCUCUAUGUCUGUCUUGCUCUCUUUCUGUCUUGCUCUCUGUCUGUCUUGCUCGCUGUCUGUUGCUUUAUGUCUGUCUUGCUCUCUGUCGGUCUCUCUAUCUCUCUGUCUGUCUGUUUUUCCUCCCUCCCUCCCUCAGCCAGCUGUUUUGCCAGCUCAGUGAACUGCAGAGCAGCUAACUACUGGUACUCUGGCUUCACCCGCCUCCAGACUCUCAUCGACGCUGCCAUCAUACAGGUGAGAGGACAAAGGUCAAAGGUUGUUGAAAGAGAUCUCCUCAGGAGGUUCAACCUAGGGCUGCACAAUUAAUAGAAUUCACAUCGAAAUCGCAAUAUUGACAUGUGCAAUGUCCGUAUCCCAAGAGAUCCAAAUCGCAUGCAAUAUUAUGUAACACAUUUCAGCAACAUAACAAUCAUGUAACGUGAAACAUCCAUUUUUAUAGUUUACUCAGAUUUAUUUUCUCCUCUUGCGGCUGUUUCCACACCAAGCUCCGCCCCCUGUCACUCAAGCAGCGCAGUUCCUCCUCCUCGCUGUUAGAUUCACAAAGUUUGCAUGCUGUUUUUUUUUUUUAGGUCAAAUGUAGUCAAUCGAUUGUUCCAAACAAGAACGAUGCUGCUUUCUGCUUUUCUAUGAUGACUACAGUUCACCACAAGUGUUUUGAUCUACAGUAUAUCGCGUAUGAAAUCGCAAUAUUUGGUUUAAAAAAAACAACAACAUCCUAUUGGAAUUUUGGCACAUAUAGUACAGCCCAAGUUCAACCUUACUUGACCUCCUGGUUGGUUGAUCGAUCCUUGAACCUGUGGCAGAGUCCCAAAUGAUUCCCUAUUUAGUGCACUACUUUUGACCAGGGCCCAUAAGGGAUGCAGACUGUAUCUCCGGUAUUCUGCAGCAAAGGGAGUAAUGCUGUUUUUCGUGUUAAUGAAAUGAAUUGGCUGUUUUUUCCAUGAAUUGAAUUAGUCCGCUUUCUGUAUGCCAUAUACAGUGCAUUCAGAAAGUAUUCAGACCCCUUGACCUUUUCCACAUUUUAUUACGUUACUGCCUUAUUCUAAUAUGGAUUAAAUAGUUUUCCCCCUCAUCAAUCUACACAAAAUACGCCAUAAUGACAAAGCAAAAACAGUUUUUUAGAGAUUUUUAAAUUUAGAGAACUAAAUAUCACAUUUACAUAAAUAUUCAGACCCUUUACUCAGUACUUUGUUGAAUUUUUUCUUCUAAAAACCUGUUUUCGUUUUGUCAUUAUGGGGUAUUGUGUGCAGAUUGAGGACAAUUUUUUAUUUAAUCAAUUUUAGAAUAAGGCUGUAACGUAACAAAAUGUGGAAAAUGUCAAGGGUUCUGAAUACUUUCCGAAUGCACUGUAUGCCUUAACUUUGUUGCAAAGCAAAUGAUUUACCUAUAGGAAUUAUAUUCUACACCAUUUCCUUCUGUUCUCUAUUCAUCCUUGAUGCCUGCCUGUGUUCAGAUGCAGACCAAGCAGUCGGUGUGGAGUGAGAUGACACAGCUGCGUGUUGUGAUGAUGGGCCAGCCAGGGUCAGUGGAGAUCCAGAAGUUCCCCCACGCCCUCAUCUCCAUCUACCUGGUGCUGGCCUUCACACCCUUCGUCACCUUCCUCAUCGUCAACGUGGCUACAGAGAAGGAACACAGGCUCAAAGACACCAUGACCAUGAUGGGCCUCUACGACUCUGCCUUCUGGUGAGGAGAAACUCUGUGUGGUGUGUGUGUGUGUGUCUGGAGGAGAAUGAAGCACCAAUUUAAUUAACUCUACUAACAUAUAAAUAUUAAUGCACGAGCGAAUAACAAAAAUGUCAGUUAUUAUUUGUUUUUUAAACAACUAAUUGACCAACGUUGGUUCAGUUAUUUGAAUUCCAUUUCGUUCUGGGUUUUUCUGUGAGCUCAAUGAUGUGCGCUGCAGUUUCUCGAAAGAUAAAUCAGAUCAUGCCCGAACUGUGCGAUACUAGGGAGUUGUAGUUUCCAACAGGCAUACAUAGUUUAACGCAGAAAAUGUGAUAAUUAACUACUAUGACCAUAAUCCAUUGCGCGGCUACUUGUCCGGUCUGUUUCUUUUACGCCUGCUACGUAAGAGACAGAAGAAUGCGCAAUCAAGCGAGGUAUCUCUACCUGAAAAUACAUGAUCUAAGUGAUUGAUAGUUGGUAUUCAGCAGUCAUAAAAGUAUGCCUUAUUUACUUUGAAGAACUACUAAAAUAGUUUUAUCAGACAGCAUAGGCAGCAGCUCUAUAGAGAUGAGAUGAUGACUUGGAAUGAAAUAAUAGUCAAAUAGAACAAAUUUAUUAUACACAACACCUGAAAUAUUUUAUUAAAGUAAUGUGAAUAAAUGAUGGUUAAUAAGUGAUAAGCAGUAAUGGACAGUCACUACCAUAAUGGGACUUUUAUUAAUUGUUUUAUUCUGUGUUACAGCAUUCAACCCAAAUAAGGCAAAAUGAAUGUAAUGUUUUAAAAAAUGAUUGAAAUAAAAAAAUCGUGACAACUGAACCGACCUCAAAAAGCACUAAUCGUAUUUUUAAAUAUAUUGCCAUAAAUAAUUUCCAUUAGUUCAUGAAACCAGAUUGAGUGGUACCAUACCAUCUACAGUACCAGUCAAAAGUUUGGACACACCUACUCAUGCAAGGGUUUUUCUUUAUUUUUACUAUUUUUACAUUGUAGAAUGAUAGUGAAGACAUCAAAACUAUGAAAUAACACAUAUGGAAUCAUGUAGUCACCAAAAAAAGUCUUAAACAAAUCCAAAUAUAUUUUAUAUUUGAGAUUCUUCGAAUAGCCUUGAUGACAGCUUUGCACACUCUUGGCAUUCUCUCAACCAACUUAAUCUGGAAUGCUUUUCCAACAGUCUUGGAGUUCCCACAUAUGCUGAGCACUUGUUGGCUGCUUUUCCUUCACUCUGCCUUCCAACUCAUCCCAAACCAUGUCAAUUGGGUUGAGGUCGGGGGAUUGUGGAGGCCAGCUCAUCUGAUGCAGCACUCCAUCCCUCUCCUUCUUGGUAAAAUAGCCCUUACACAGCCUGGAGGUGUGUUGGGUCAUUGUCCUGUUGAAAAACAAAUGAUAGUCCCACUAAGCACAAACCAGAUGGGAUGGCAUAUCGCUGCAGAAUGCUGUGGUAGCCAUGCUGGUUAAGUGUACCUUGAAUUCUAAAUAAAUCACAGACAGUGUCACCAACAAAGCACCCCCACACCAUAACACCUCCUCUUCCAUGCUUUACGGUGGGAACUACACAUGCGGAGAUCAUCCGUUUACCCACACCGCGUCUCACAAAGACACAGCGGUUUGAACCAAAAAUCUCAAAUUUGGACUCCAGACCAAAGGAUACAUUUCCACCGGUCUAAUGUCCAUUGCUCGUGUUUCUUGGCCCAAGCAGGUCUCUUCUUCUUAUUGGUGUCCUUUAGUAGUGGUUUCUUUGCAGCAAUUCGACCAUGAAGGCCUGAUUCACGCAGUCCCCUCUGAAAAGUUGAUGUUGAGAUGUGUCUGUUACUUGAACUCUGUGAAGCAUUUAUUUGGGCUGCAAUUUCUGAGGCUGGUAACUCUAAUGAACUUAUCCUCUGCAUCAGAGGUAACUCUGGCCUGCCAUUCCUGUGGCAGUCCUCAUGAGAGCCAGUUUCAUCAUAGCGCUUGAUGGUUUUUGCGACUGCACUUGAAGAAACUUUCAAAGUUCUUGAAAUGUUCAGUAUUGACUGACAUUCAUGUCUUAAAGUAAUGAUGGACUGUCGUUUCUCUUUGCUUAUUUGAGCUGUUCUUGACAUAAUAUGGAUUUGGUCUUUUACCAAAUAGUGCUAUCUUCUGUAUACAUGGUCCCGUGUAGCUCAGUUGGUAGAGCAUGGCGUUUGCAAUGCCAGGGUUGUGGGUUCGUUUCCCACGGGGGACCAGUAUGAAAAAAAUAAAUGUAUGCACUCACUAACUGUAAGUCGCUCUGGAUAAGAGCGUCUGCUAAAUGACUAAAAUGUAAAAAAAAUGUAUACCCCCCCUACCUUGUCACAACACAACUGAUUGGCUCAAACGCAUUAAGAAGGAAAUAAAUUCCACAAAUGCACUUUUAAGAAGGCACACCUGGUAAUUAAAAUGCAUUCCAGGUGACUACCUCAUGAAGCUGGUUGAGAGAAUGCCAAUUGUGUGCGAAGCUGUCAUCAAGGCAAAGGGUGGCUAUUUGAAGAAUCUCAAAUACAAAAUAUUUUGAUUUAUUUAACACAUUUUUGGUUACUACAUGAUUCCAUGUGUGUUAUUUCAUAGUUUUGAUGUCUUCACUAUUAUUCUACAAUGGAUUUUUUUUUUAUAAAGAAAAACCCUUGAAUUAGUAGGUGUGUCCAAACUUUUGACUGGUAGUGUAGGUCUUUUAAGAAAUAUUUAGCUGUCUAUGUUAUAAAGGCUUUUAACUUAAUAAAGAAAGGACUAUGGUGACAUGAUAUUUACAUUUUAGUCAUUUAGCAGACGCUCUUAUCCAGAGCGACUUACAGUUUUUCUCUACAAAGAUGUGUGUUAAUGUUUCAACAGGCUAUCGUGGGGCCUGCUGUAUGCAGCUCUGGUCACCACCAUGUCCAUCCUCAUGUCCAUCAUCGCUACCUACACAGCCCUCUUCCCCAACAGUAACUUCAUCAUCAUCUUCCUCCUCAUCUUCCUCUACGGCAUCUCCUCUGUGAGUACCGCUGAUGAGCCCUGGUUGGUUCAUGACAUGACAUUUCCCUUUAAUGUGCCAUGUGUGUCAUGGAUUAGACCUGAGAUUGACUUCCUCAUUUCAGUUACUAUAGGAUAUUACUGACCUUAAAGGGAUACUUUGGGAUUUUAGCAAUGAAGCCACGAGUUCAUCUGACUCUGGGGAAGUAGAUAAAGGGCUACAUUGCCAAAAUGCCAAACUCCCCUCUACCAAUAGAUAUGAAGCUGCAUUGGGUUGACUUGCUUUGGCUGACAGGCCAUAAUAAAGGGAUAUUUAUUUUAUUUUAUUAAGCGUAUUUUUGACUUACCUACUAGACUGUUAUCGUUUCCAUUCGAAGUCAAACCUAUAAAAUGUGAACUACCCCUUUUUAAAGCCUAUUAUCUUUCCCCAGAUCUUCUUUUCCUUCAUGUUGACCCCUCUGUUUAAGAAGCCCAAGUUUGCCAGUACGGUGGGCUCCAUGCUGACUGUGGUGUUCGGCUGCCUGUCCCUGUUUACUGUCCUGAUGAAGGACUUUCCCCAGCCGCUGGUCUGGGUUCUCUGUCUGCUGUCCCCCAGCGCAUUCUCCAUCGGUAUCGCACAGGUAACCAAGACAGUCAACGCCCAUGGCACUACUGGGUCGUGUUUAUGAGCACCAAACAGGGAGCGACUACCUGGACUUGUCCAAUAGAAGCGCUAAUUUUCUGUUGUGAAACGGGUUAAAAACGUGUUCUGUUUCAACUCUGGGAACACGACCCAUUAUGAAUGUCAAUAUCACCUGGAUACCAGUACUACAGCCACAUUGACUAGAUUUUAUCGUCAAGGUUGUCCAGGACAAAGUGUGAAAUGUCUACAGACACCAUCCCCCAUGUAAUACAGCUAUUAUGUUCUAUUCUCUGUGUGUCUAGGUGGUUUACCUGGAGGCCCAUGGCGACGGAGCAGUGUUCUCUACCCUGGCCAACGGCCCCCAUCCGCUCUACGCCCCCCUCCUAAUGCUGGUCCUGGACAGUAUACUCUACCUGCUGCUGGCUGUCUACUUGGACCAGGUCCUACCUGGUACGGUACAGUUCUCUUCUGGUUUGUCUCAUGUCCCUUCCUGUUAUGUCCUGUCCUGUUGUCUUCUGUCCUGUCCUGUUAUCUUCUCUUUUGGAAGGAAACAGAAAUGUAAUAACCUCUUCAUCCAGCUUAGUCUAAUUGAGAGCAUCCGUUUUUUCAAGAAAGAAAUGUCUCUGUAUCUCAAACUAUAUUCUGUAACCCUUCCAUAUUCCUUAUCCAGGUGAGUUUGGCAUGCGGCGGUCCCUGGUCUACUUCCUGAAGCCAUCCUAUUGGUCCAAGCGCAGUAAGCGCUACGUCGAGAUGCGCUCUGUGUACGAGACGGAGGUGAACGGGGCCCCAGGUCUGGAUGAGUCUGUGGAGCCGGUGUCUUUGGAGUUCAGAGGGAAAGAAGCCAUCUGGUAAGAGCCUCCCCUUUUAUACCCGUUCUACACUACUGAUCCAAACCAAACUGUACUGGGCUGGCCUGGUUACGCAUCCACCAUAGUUGCUGGAGGCGUCCUGUCUAGGUAGUGUACAUCAAGCUGCCUCAUGCUACAGAAACAGGAGAUAGGCUCCUGCCCUAUGGGUAGUGAUGGGGGGAAAAUGUAUAGUUACAUACUGUGAUAUUAUUUUGGAUGAUAUUAUAUUGAUACUUUGACUCCAAGUAUCAAUUUGGAGAUAAAAAAAUAUAAUAAAAAUCUGUAUUUUUGCUAGGUAGCGCUAGUCGGCUGUAGCUGCACCAUAACACCAGUAUUUUCCAUCCUAUAGCUUGUUCUCCCUCUUCUUUUUAAAUAGUGAGUCAACAUGUUUUCAGCACUUAUUUCCCUGACUGAUCAAAACUCGUUUUCUCAUGCUGUCUCGUCUCUCUGCAGCAGACAGAGUGUGAAUUGGGUACAUCACUGCCCCUGUUAGAUAAGAGCCACUAUCUCUUCACGUCAGUUCUCAUGGUGCCUCAUAUGAAAUGUUGCUGUGCAGAUUGUAUUUCUUUCUUAUCAUAAUUGCUCCCUUCCCUGACUGGAAGAGAACGCUUGUGUCUCGCUGUAACAAGUGGGUUUGAAAAUAGACUCUGUGGUAGCCUCAACGCGGCCGGUCCGGAUUGGGCUGAUAUAUCCGGUUACCUUAUGGAGAAACCUGCCUGGACCCAUUGACUUUCCAGGACAGAAAUACAGGCUCUAACGUGAUGACCAAACCGUCUCCGCGCAUGCGUAUGUUGCUUUUGUCUAGCCCCACCAGACGCUAGCACACAGCUCAGACACCCAUGCAUACCACACAAGACAUGCCACCAGAGGUCUCUUCACAGUCCCCAAGUCCAGAACAGACUAUGGCAGGCGCACAGUACUACAUAGAGCCAUGACUACAUGGAACUCUAUUCCACAUCAGGUAACUGAUGCAAGCAGUAGUAUUUUUUUUUUACAGAUAAAAAUACACCUUAUGGAACAGCGGGGACUGUGAAGCAACACAAACAUAGGCACAGACACAUGCAUACACACACAUGAUAACAUACACACUAUACACACACGUACACAUGGAUUUUGUGUUGUAGAUAUGUGGUAGUGGAGUAGGGGCCUGAGGGCACACACUUAGUGUGUUGUGAAAUCUGUUAUGAAUGUAUUGAAAUGUUUUAAAAAUUGUAUAACUGCCUUAAUUUUGCCGGAUCCCAGGAAGAGUAGCUGGUGCCUUGGCAGGAGCUAAUGGGGAUCCAUAAUAAAUACAAAUACAAAUGUCAUGCAGGUUAAAAUACCAAAAGCAACUGUGAACCAACUAUAUUAGUUUGGGGACACAUAUGAAAUAUUAAUGGACAUUUAGCUAGCUUGCUGUUGCUAGCUAAUUUGUCCUGGGAGAUAAACAUUGGGUUGUUAUUUUACCUGAAAUGCAUAUGGUCCUUUUUUUUUGCUGGUUCUUUUUAGAAUGUUGACCCAUUUUGAGUCACACAAAAUCGUGUUCUCUACUCCGACAAUUCAUCCACAGAUAGUUUUUUGUUUGUUUUCUUUGAUUAAGCUCUCCUCGUUCAUUUUCUUCUUCUGUAGAUUUAUAUGGCGGUUGGCAACCAACUUUAAGGUGCAUUACUGCCACCAACUGGACUGGAGUGAAGAACGUGUUCAUCUUUCAAUCACCCACGUGGGUAUAUGCUCGUAAAAACCAAUGAGUAGAUGGGAGAGGCGUGACUUGCAGCGCGUCGAGCGUCUCAAAUAGAACCAAGUUCUAUUUUAGCGCCUGGCUACGCAGAUGCUCGUUGACACGCGUGAGUGUAAUGAUUGAAUAACUUGUAUGUGUAAAUUUAACACAUGCGCGCGCAACGCGGGCGGUCUGGUCAGCAUGUAAGAGUUAGUUACCAGAGGAAAAGAAAACCUCAACCGAGCUGAAUCGAUAUAGAUGUGAACCUGACGUAGAAGAGGAACCCACCGGCUUGGUCUGCUGCCAGCCUGGACACUUCCAUUAGCUUUGACCCAGAAAGACUGCGGGUCAGAUUGAAACCUGUUGUUGUUGACCCUUGUCUUGUCUCUGUGUAUCCCCACCCUGACAGCAUUAACAACAUCUGCAAGGUGUACAAAGACAAGGACAGCAUCGUGGAAGCUCUGAGGGGUGAGGCCUAUUCCUCAUUAUCACAUGUUUUUGAAUACAAAGGGGAGGGGCAUGUUAUCUGUGUGAUUUAUAGCACUUUAAUGGGGGUUUUUUUGUGUCGCUUUUAUAUAUUUUGAAUUGAGCCACACGAUCUCGUGUAGCUCAGAUGGUAGAGCAUGGCGCUUGCAGUGCAAUGGUUAAGGGGUUUGAUUCAAAAAAGUAUGGAAAUGUAUGCACACACUACUGUACGUCGCUCUGGAUAAGAGCGUCUGCUAAAUGACUAAAACGUUAAUGUAAAUAGUGCGUUUCUAUUGUUUUAUUUACUCUAUGUUGUUAAUUUCCCUCUUUCCCCCCUCCCUUCUAUCCAGGCUUGACCUUUGACAUCUACGAGGGUCAGAUCACAGCCCUCGUGGGCCACAGCGGAGCGGGGAAAUCCACUCUGAUGAACAUCCUGUGUGGGAUCUGCCCUCCGACCGACGGCCACGCCUCUAUCUACGGCUCCCCAGUGGCAGAGAUUGCCGAGGGGGCAGAGAUGAGGCAGCUGGUGGGCAUCUGCCCUCAGUUCAACAUCAUCUUUGACGUGCUGACUGUAGAAGAGCACCUGAGGAUAUUCGCUGCCAUUAAAGGGAUUCUCCCCGCUGACAUUGACAGUGAGGUGAGUGAGUGUGCGAGUGAGAGUGUAUCAUUCACUGUGUCCUGCUGAAUGGAUUUGGGAAUUGGGCUUCUUUAGCUAUUUCAGCUUCAACUCACAAGAUUGCUACUAUAUUCAGUGUUGUAUGUGAGGUGUGAAGCUGAUUUUUGUCUCUGCCAUAUGAUCAAUCUGUCCGUUAGGUGACCAAGGUGCUGAAGGAUCUAGAUCUGGAGAAGAUCAUGGAUGCCCAGGCUAAGAACCUGAGUGGAGGCCAGAAGAGGAAGCUGUCUGUGGGCAUAGCCGUCCUGGGAGACCCCAAGGUAGCUGGAUCAGUAAAACUUGAAUUGACUGACUAUCGUCACAAGACAAAUGUUGCUCCUGUUUUGAUAAUUUCAUAUUUGAAUAAUCUCUCACACUGUUUCACUCGUGUGUGUGUGUGUGUGUGUGGUGUGUGCGUGCGUGCGUGUGUGGUGUGUGUGUGUGUGUGCGUGUGUGUGUGUGUGCGUGCGUGUAUGUGUGUGUGUGUGUGUGUGUGUGUGUGUGUGUGUGUGUGUGCGCGUGUAUGUGCAUGUUUUAGAUCCUGCUCCUGGAUGAGCCAACAGCUGGUAUGGACCCCUGUUCCAGACACCACGUGUGGUCUCUGCUGAAGAGUCGCAGAGCAGGCAGAGUCACAGUGCUCAGCACGCACUACAUGGAUGAGGCAGACAUACUGGCCGGUACACCCAUCUCUUUCUGCUCCAUGUCCCACAAUGUGUUCAUCUGUAGCAGGGUUCUCUAUAUCCUUCAAUACAUCGACAGCGAUUAUCUUUCACUCUCUAUCACGAUUCCUCUCAAUCUCUUUCUCGAUUUCGGUCUUUUCCCGUUCCCUUCAUCCAGACCGCAAAGCUGUGAUCUCUCAGGGCCAACUCAAGUGUGUUGGUUCGUCCCUGUAUCUCAAGACCAAGUGUGGAGUAGGAUACCACCUCAGGUUAGUUCGGCAGACAGCUCUCCAAUUUUCACUCAAAACACACUAUAAAACGUAUCCAGAGCUAAAGAGUUUUGGCCCAUUUGAGCCCUCCAGCACAUUUCUUUAUAUUAUAAGGGUUGUUUUCUGAUAAUUGUAAGGUUGAUGCAUGCAUACCACAGCUGAAUUACACUUUUUCCCUUCUUAUAGAAUGUCUGUUGGUGAAGGGUGCAAGGCGGAUAGUGUCACCUCAAUGGUCAAGCACCACGUCCCCAAGGCACAGUUGUCACGGCAACAAGAGGCGGAGCUGACUUUCACCCUCCCUUUCGAAAGCAUGGACACAUUUUCUGGUCAGGAACCAAUCUCUGAAAUGAGGCUCAAUUGUUGGUUUCUAUCAUAGACAUAUAAUUUCUACUAAGUGUACCCAUGAGGGGGCAGUCAAAUUGCUAUGGUCCGAGGGGCUGUUCCCCUUCUAGGAAUUCUAUUUCUAUGGUUCUUGUGUAGCAGUUAGAGUUUUAGAUCUGUGGUUCUGUACUUACUGUACCUUGACUUCACUCUCUUUCUCAGGAUUGUUCUCAGAACUAGACUGCAGGCCAGACCUGGGCAUCAUCAACUACGGGGUGUCCAUGACGACGCUGGAGGAUGUGUUUCUGCGUCUGGAGGCAGAGGCUGAGGUGGACCAGGCUGGUGAGCCUUCCUUCCUUCCUUUCCUUCAUUCUUUCCUUCCUUCCUUCCUUCCUUCCUUCCUUCCUUCCUUCCUUCCUUCCUUCUUUCCUUCCUUUUCCUCCUUCUAUAGUAACCCUUUAUGAUGGUCAGAGCAGCCUGUCAUCUCUAACGUAUGUGAUACCUGGGUCGUAUAUUCAUUAGGCACCAAACAGACUGAAACAGGGAGAGAACUUCCUGAACUUCUCCAAUUAGAAACACUAGUUUUUGUUUUCCAUUGCAAACAGUUUUUCUACAGUGUGCCCUAAAUAAUAUGACCCUGUUGACUAGCCUAGUAACAACUUCCUGUCUCUCUAUACCCCUUCCCAUCUCCAGACUACAGCCUAGUAACAACUUCCUCUCUGUUAUGUGAAUUAUUUAACAAACUAUUUCAGAGUCUCUGUGCGUUUCCCAAAAGGUUGUAAGUCUUUUGGAUUUAAGAAACGGACAGAGUCCCGGUCUGCAUAGUCAGAGAUUUAUUCAUUGAGAAUUCUGCCAUCACAAUUUCAGAGUCCAUCUUUUAUACUCACACGUCAUACAAAAAUCCCUCCCCUCUUUAGGCAGGCUGUAGUUUUCCACUUUAAAACUGCUCUCCUGACCAUCAGGACACACACACACACACACACAAAUACACACACACAUGCACUCUUCCAAGCCUAACAGUUUCUCUCCUCCCUAAAUUCCUCAGUUAUUUUGGUUUCUCAGUUGUCUGUAGACAGUUCUCCUUGUCCUUUGUUGUCUGGUCUAACUCUUACUCACAUUGCUAAAUAGUAGCUCAAUGUCAGUCUUUACUGGUCCUACACUCACACAUUCUAACACAUUUCACACAGUUUCAGGGUGUAAUAAUUAGUCAUUAAUAAUUAUUCUAUCAAUCAACCCUUUGACUAAAUAUUACACACAUACUCACAAAAUAUAUGUUGUUAUAGAAAUUAAUCACAUACAUUGAAGCAUAUAAUUUGAUUUGCAUAUAAAAACAUUAAAAAUUGUCUCAUUCAAUACAGGUUCAUCAGGUUUACCCCAUGAUUAAAAGCGUAACGUUACUCUUUAGCAAUGGUACCUAACCUGUUUACCCACUAUCUGGAAGCAACAGUCUAAGCCUAUAGUGAAGAACAUUUGCUUCAUCACGUCCUGCAACAUCGGUUAACUAGUACAUCAUACUUAAAAGAAGACUUUAAUACACGAAAUAUCAUUACAAUAACUUUUAAACUAGAGAUUUAUAGUUCUAGGAAAACAUCCAGUCUCAAACUAUCUGAAUCGUCGUCGUUCUCCACCAAGCCUGGUGGGUCAUAUUCUUCAUUCGGUUGGUCGGAGUCCGGGAUUGGGCCGUAUCUCACCAUCUGCUGUGAUACUGCAUUCUCCAACGCCUUGCUCACCAACCCUCGGACACAGGGAAUAAGACAACAUCCACAAAGAACAAGUAUACCCAUAGAAGCUAUAGCUGCACCCAGAAUAGUUACAACAAUAGUUUUCCAUUUACCAAACAUGUCAUCAAACCAACCAGUCAUUGAUGUAUUCACCCCCCAGUUCUCAGCCCAUUCUUUGCUUAAUGCAGUGAGACCUGCCAGUGCUCUAGUUACUGUACCAUCUGGGGCUGUAUUGUUGGGGAUAAACAUACAACAAUGACCUCCCACCAUCUUGCAAAUCCGCCCUUCUCUGCUAAAAGCAUUUCGAGAACCAAACUAUUCUGCAGGUCAUGAGUGAGGUGGCGGAUAGUUGGCCUGAGAUUCUCUUCACUGCAUCCCUUGUCUAAUUAACGAACCUUUGUAGAUGUCAUUAAUCCAGUCAACAUUUUUAUCAAUUGUAACCCACCAGAAAAACGUUGUUGUAAACCCUUCUCCAAUUUGAACUGUGAUUCGCAUUACUUUGGUGUCUAUAACAUUGAUCAUCUCUGGGGUUCAUGGUGAAUUGAGGUGCCUUGGUAUUAUCCUUUUUAAGAGUGGUUAUUUUAAUAUCAGAACAAUUAGGUGAGGUUUGGUUUGAUCCCAAAUCUAUCACACAAGAGAACAUGGUCUGAGGCAUAGGUGCAGUUACAAGGGUUGGCCUACCUGUUGAACAGGCAUAACAAUUAGUUUGACCCAACGCCCUAGCUGUGUAGUUCAUCCACCUUACCCAGAAGUUCUCAUUUGAAAUUCCUUCUACUUCUCCUUGGUUCAUUUCCUGCAAGAGGAAAUAUUAUACCCUUGUUGGUUUAGUGCUAUUUAGGAUUCCUUUUGAGGGCCUUCCAAGGGGUAUUAAACUCGUUUUUUGGUACCUCUGGUGAUAACAUUAGAUCUACCUGCUGUUCUGUCUCGGGGGUGGAAGAUUAAUUUCUCUCCUGAAAAAUGAGCCUCACAUAUGUAUUUGCCCCAACAUCAUCAACACAGACCCAAUAGUUCCUUGCUUAUCAUCUUGCAUAAUUGACUUUACCGUUAUCACCAGUUCCGUUUUACAUUUAUCAUGGGUUUGUUUAAUUCCCCAUCGGUGUGCUGCGUCCAUUCCAUUCUCAUAGUAUGUUCCCAGGUAUGUUUAAACACCCUUGCCCAAGGACAUGAGCGUUCCCCAGUGUAAAUGUAUUUACCAUACCUUCUAGGACCUAACUUUCUUGUACACGCCCCCUUCUUACCAAAGCCCCCAAAACCUCCUAUCUCUUCAUGGGAGAAGUCGAAUGGUAUCUUGAAUCCCCCAUCUUGUCCUAAACUGACUUUAACUAUUAAAAAAAUAAUCAUUCCCCCAAUAGUCUUUCUUGGUUUCAGUAUUUCUACGAGAUCGAAUCAGUGCCUUGGUAUUAUUUUGUUCAUCAUUUCCCUGUUUAGGUUGACCUGGAUUAAUCCAUAAUAUGGUUAACAUGAUGAUGCAGCUCAGAGUCCCCCAAAAUCCCCAAAACCGCCAUCCCAAUCCUGUCCCUGACCCACCUGCCUGGUACUUCCCCAUACCCACACCUCUAUAAACACCCCACAGUGAUGAAAGGUCGGGGUAGGGUUUCUUCGUUAACAGAGUUUACCUCCGAACCCUAGUGGGUCAGUUCUUCUCUUUAACUCUGUGUGUGUUCAACGGUGUUGGUAUGUGGGCCUACCUUUUUGCAGUGGGUAACGUGGACCCAAGUGGCUCUCUCAGCUAUUCUUAUAGCGAAGGCAGUUACCAAUAGGACUUGGUAUGGUCCCUCCCAGCGUAACUGCUUUCAAUCCUUUUUCCUCAACGAUUGGAUCCACACCCAGUCUCCAGGUUAUAUACUAUGAAUCACCUUCUCCUUUAUUCUCCUGUAGGACACAAAUUCUUAGACAUACGUGUAUGGUUAACGAACAAUUUUCUCAUGUGUUCUGCUAGUGUAUUCUCUAGUUCUAUGUCUGCCUGUUCUGGUCCUGCCAACUGUGGCAUUCUGUAAGGUCUUCCAAACACUUUAAUAUAUAUAUAUACAUACACACACACACACACACACACACACACAGUGGGGGAAAAACAUUCUAUCAGUUUAUACAGUGGGGGAAAAAAGUAUUUAGUCAGCCACCAAUUGUGCAAGUUCUCCCACUUAAAAAGAUGAGAGGCCUGUAAUUUUCAUCAUAGGUACACGUGAACUAUGACAGACAAAUUGAGAAGAAAAAAAAUCCAGAAAAUCACGUUGUAGGAUUUUUUAUGAAUUUAUUUGCAAAUUAUGGUGGAAAAUAAGUAUUUGGUCACCUACAAACAAGCAAGAUUUCUGGCUCUCACAGACCUGUAACUUCUUCUUUAAGAGGCUCCUCUGUCCUCCACUCGUUACCUGUAUUAAUGGCACCUGUUUGAACUUGUUAUCAGUAUAAAAGACACCUGUCCACAACCUCAAACAGUCACACUCCAAACUCCACUAUGGCCAAGACCAAAGAGCUGUCAAAGGACACCAGAAACAAAAUUGUAGACCUGCACCAGGCUGGGAAGACUGAAUCAGCAAUAGGUAAGCAGCUUGGUUUGAAGAAAUCAACUGUGGGAGCAAUUAUUAGGAAAUGGAAGACAUACUAGACCACUGAUAAUCUCCCUCGAUCUGGGGCUCCACGCAAGAUAUCACCCCGUGGGGUCAAAAUGAUCACAAGAACGGUGUGUCAAUAUGGCAGCAUAUCUAAACAGUAAUUUCGGGAGAAUUGGUAAUCUGUCUUUGAACCAUAUUCCUUCCUUAUUUACUGCGCCUAGCUUCACCCAUCUGUGAACUUCCUUAAUUGGGGCCCUACUGUAGCUCUCUAUAAGUAGAUCUCUAUCUAUCGAAACUUCCUCUUUUGACAGCUGACUGGGACCAGAGAAGUGUUUUAACCCUGCUGACAACAUUUUGAUAAUACCUCAACUUACUUCUAUCCUGUAAAAGUAAUCCAAGAUUAUAACAAUUGACUAGCAACAGGUAUCCCUCAUUCAGGGAAAGCUCUCUCUCUCUUCUGAUAUUUUAUGGAUCAAAUCAUAUAUAUUAUUACCAAAUUAUAAUCUUCUUCACACUUUUCACAGUAUUAUAAAUUAACACUCAACUUGGUAAAAUAAACUAUCUUAAAGUCCUCCUCUCAUGCCUUUAGAAUUACCAGUGUGGAUGAUUAAUUAACACCAGAAAGUCAAAACAGAGUUCAGAGGCAAUUGAAAUUUUUCAACGAACUGUUCCAUCCCAUAGUAUACUAAACAUUACCAUUAUUCUAAAUAUUACAUAAAUGUUACUUAUCCCAAGUGUUCAUUAAGUCGUCAUGACAUUUAUUCUCAUAAGAAAUCAUAUAUACCCUAAACUCAGUCAAAACUGAAAAACUCCAUAAAAUUCACUGUGUGUGCUCCUUUAAGACUUAUCACCUCUGACCUGUUGAAAACCCCCUAAAAUCAAAAUAACAACCCUUUAUAAACAUCAUACUAGGUGUGUUGUUUUUUUAUUUGAAAAACCCAAUUGAAAAACAACAACCAAAAAUAGCCAGGCCCCACUUAAUUUGGUAGCUCACUUUUACGACCUAAAUACUGCCUAACUUCACAACUGCUCCCCCUAUCCAUGGGCAACAUUCCAAUGAGAUAAGAAAUCUCUUUCUCCUGGAAGAGAAAUUAUACAUUUUGUUAACCUUCAAUUGCCAUCAGUAAUCUAAAGAUGGUAAGUACACACAAAACAUGAUACAGAUAUCCCCAGUCCUAACUCAUCAAUAAUCGUUUGUAUCAAUCUAAUUCCUCAUAACUAAUCCAUAAAACCACUCAAAAUUCCUUGAGUAUACAAUGAGUGUGUUUAAUUGAUUACCCUUCAGAUCAUAUCCUCUUUAAAUCUCACAAUGAUUAUUGAACACCUAAAUCUGCUCCAUGUGAUCCCAUAUCAAAUGAUCCAUUAUCGUUUAUUUGAUCAACACCUUAGGAAAAUCUGUUUCCCCAUUCUAUUGUUCCUGUCACCCUUCUUAAUGUCAUAUUUCACUCAUUUGCCAAUAUAAUCCCUUACUUCAUAUAAGUAAGCAGUGAUAUUUUAUUCCAGGCAUCUAUUAAAAAAAUGUUUGAUACGUUGUCUCCUACUGUCCCUUAACAUAUACUGUAGGGGAUUUCCCUCAAUCCUGGGAAAAAACUAAAACAAAAAACUCCCCUCUCAGAACACAUCGGAUAACUCCACGUCUCAUUAAAUUCACUAAACCUAUAAAUAACAAACCCAUAACCACCUUCCGGUAAUCUACUGAUUUAAACCUGUUGCAUUAAUUUAUUAAAAUAUAAACCUAUUGUUUAAUAAAUCCACUGUUUGCAUUGAACACAUCUCUGUCUCUCUAGGUAUUGACUAAUAGUCUCACUGUCUCCCUGCUUACACUCGUGGACUUUGGAGAAGUCGGCAUGUCUGUGACAAUAUUCUCUCAGAUUAUCACAGAGUUGUGCCAAUUUAUCUCCAUAAACCCCUCCAUCUGCCCACUCUAGGACCUGCGCAUUCCCAUCUCUGGGAACCCAGUUUCCCCUUACUGCCGCCCACUCCUUCAACACUAUCUGUCUGACUGCCCUCUCUAGUUCCCCUGUAUUCAGCUUAAAGCUGGCGGUCAGCCCUUCCAUAUCUCUUCUGAACUGGUGUACCCCCGUUUUAGGGUGGGUAUCCCUGGUAGCCUGGUAACAACUUUCUUCUCUCUCUCUACCCCUCCCAUCUCCAGACUACAGCCUGGUAACAACUUCCUCUCUCUCUCUCUCUACCCCCCUCCCAUCUCCAGACUAUAGCCUGGUAACAACCUUCUCUCUCUCUCUAACCCCUCCAUCUCCAGACUAAGCCUGUAACAACUUCCUCUCUCUCUCUCUACCCCUCCCAUCUCCAGACUAUAGCCUGGUAACAACUUCCUCUCUCUCUCUCUAACCCCUCCCAUCUCCAGACUACAGCCUGGUAACAACUUCCUCUCUCUCUCUCUCUCUCUACCCCUCCCAUCUCCAGACUACAGCCUGGUAACAACUUCCUCUUCCUCUCUCUCUUCUACCCCCCUCCCUCUCCAGACUAUAGCCUGGUAACAACUUCCUCUCUCUCUCUCUCUACCCCUCCCAUCUCCAGACUAUAGCCCUGGUAACAACUUCCUCUCCUCUCAUCUCUACCCAUCCCAUCUCCAGACUAAUAGGCCCUGGUAACAACUUCCUCUCUCUCUCUCUACCUACCUCCCGUCUCCAGACUAUAGCCUGGUAACAACAAACUUCCUCUCUCUCCUCUCUAAACCACCCCCCCAUCUCCAGACAUAAGCCUGGUAACAACUUCCUCUCCUCUCUCUCUACCCCUCCCAUCUCCAGACUAUAGCCUGGUAACAACUUCCUCUCUCCUCUCUCUCCUACCUCCUCUCCAGACUAUACCUUACACUUCCUCCUCUCUCCUACCCCCAUCUCACUAUAGCCUGGUAACAACUUUCCUCCUCUCUCUCUCUCCUACCCCUCCCAUCUCCAGACUAUAGCCUGGUAACAACUUCCUCUCUCUCUCUCUCUACCCCUCCCAUCUCCAACUAUAGCCUGGUACAACUUCCUCUCCUCUCUCUCCCUCCCAUCUCCAGACUACAGCCUGGUAACAACUUCCUCUCUCUCUCUCUACCCCUCCCAUCUCCAGACUAUAGCCUGGUAACAACUUCCUCUCUCUCUCUCUACCCCUCCCAUCUCCAGACUAUAGCCUGGUAACAACUUCCUCCUCUCUCUCUCUCUCUACCCCUCCCAUCUCCAGACUAUAGCCUGGUAACAACUUCCUCUCUCUCUCUCCUACCCCUCCCAUCUCCAGACUACAGUGUGUUCAACCAAGAGCAGGUGGAGGAAGAGGGGGGCGAGUCCUUUCUGGACGACACUGACCAAAGACUACUGACCUUCUCCAACAGCAAGUCAGAGGCGAUCCAGGGUCCCGCUUUGUGGAGGCAGCAGUUCAGCACCGUGGCCUGGCUACACAUGCUCAACAUGCAGAGAGAGAGGAAGGCCUUUGUCUACACGUGAGUCUGGGGAGGGAACUGCUUACCUCUCUAUUACCUAACCUAAUAUGUAGUUAUUGAAAACAACCCAUUACACUGUGCCCUUGUAGGUAAGGCUAUAGGCAAGGUAAUAAGGAAGUAAGCAGUUCCCUCCCCACAUGCUCAACAUGGAGAGGGAGAGGGAGAAGGAGGGAGAGAGAUUAUCACAAACAUAUUAUUUUCAGUGUUGUAGCCCAACUAAACGGUAGGCUAUAUAGAAAGUUGUGUAAUUUAAAUUAAUCCAGAGAGGAAGAGGGGAACUUUAGUGAAUUUGUGAGGCAUGCAAGACAAGACAUUGCGAGAUACUGAUUACCAAGACAUUAUUUCGGGCUGCCCCCUCCUCUCUCUCCAUGGCGCUGGCUCGCCUGCUCUGGCUCUUCUCUAAUGAUGCCAGUGUGUGUUCAGUCUUCGGUCUGUUGCCUGUAGAAUAUCCUAGCCUAUUCAUUGAUGAUAGGCCCUGCUUUACGGAAGUUGCGAGACAUUGCAAGCCAAGAAAUUGCAAGAUACAGCUUUUGAUUGUCGAUAGAUAGGCCUAGUGCACGGUUCUGACUCCGUCUGCCUGGUGGCCGACCUCCCUAUAAUGUGCCCCUCCCCUCUCUCUCCGUCCCUCGCUAGCUCCCUAUGAAAGAUGCGAGUGUUUUUGUGUUCUCAGAAGAACCGCAACUAAUCAGUCUCCUCUGUUCCAAAAAUACUAAAUCUUAGGAGUCGAUUCCUAGCAGAAUCAAAUCUUUGACCCUCAGAAAUGGGAGUAGACGCGCAAGGAGUCGGUGGGAAUCAAUUAUUUUGGAGUCGACUCUCCCACCCACUGCGUCAUCGUCGUUAACAGUUGGAAAAAUGGCUGAGAAAGGCAAGUGACAGCAGCCAAGUCCUGUAUGGUAAUACUUUGAGAAGUUUCAAUGAGAAGGAAAAGCAUUGAGGUACAGUAAUGGUAGUACAGGUGCAGUGCUUAACCAUCUGAAAAGUACGCACCGUGAGACCCAAACCGUUGCUGACAGCAGUGCAGCUGAAAUGAUAUACAUUUUUCUUAUCGUUUUAAUGGAAAGCCAAUACAAUUUUUUCCAUUUGUCACAACCCUAGAACUGUUCUGUACUGGCCUGGGUGAAGUCCAAAACUAUCUGGCUGUCUGGGUCACAGGUCCAUUUGAUAGUGGUGUUGGCACUGUCCUUUCAACAAUGUGUCUUGUCUGUGAGACUGUUCGAUUGUUGUCUGUCUCGCCCUCUCUAAUUCCUUCUGCCUUUUUAUCUCUCUCUCUUUAUCUCUCCCCCCUCUCUUUCCUCCCAUCCCCCCACUCAUUCUCUCUCCUCCCCUUUCCCCCCCACUCUUUCUCUCUUUCUCUUCCCCCUCCCCUCUCUCCUCCCCUUUCCCCCCCACUCUUUCUCUCUCUCUCUUCCCCCUCCUCUCUCUCCUCCCCUUUCCCCCCACUCUCUCUCUCUCCUCCCCUUUUCCCUCCCCCCCACCUUUCUCUCUCUCUUUCCCCUCCUCUCUCUCCUCCCUUCCCCCCCCUUCCUCCCUUCCCCCCCCACCUUCCUCUCUCCUUCCCCUCCGCUCUCUCCUCCCCUUCCCCCCCACUCUCUCUCCCCGCCUCCUUCGUCCCUCCCCCCUUCUCUCUCCUUUUCCCCCCCCUCUUUCUCUCUCUCUUCUCUCUCUCUCUCCCCCCUUUCCCUCUCUCCUCCUCUCUCCCCCCCCCCCCCCCUCUUUUUCUCUCCCCCUUUCCCCCUCCCCUCUCUCCUCCCCUUUCCCCCCCACCUUUCUCUCUCUCUCUCUUCCCCCUCCCCUCUCUCCUCCCCUUUCCCCCCACUCAUUCUCUCUCCUCCCCUUUCCCCCCGCCCCCCCUCUUCUCUCCCCUCUUCCCCCUCCUCUCUCUCCUCCCCCUCGCCCCCCCCUUUCUCUCUCCUCCCCUUCCCCCCGGGCACUCUUUACUCCAUCUCUUCCCACUCACUCGGCCGACCCCCGGCACAAAGGCUCUCCACGAGCCCACUUACCGCCCACUCAGGCCCCCAUCGACCCAAGCUCUCUCGACCCCCCCCCCCCGUUCCCCACCAGCACUUUCUCCGGGAUAGCCCAAUCAACCCCUUUGCGCCAUUCCCGAAACCACCCCCACCCUUGAUUCUCUCUCACUCUUGCCCUCCUCUCUCGGCCUCCCCUUUCCCCCCCCCCAUUAGAUGCUUUGCUCCAUCCGGAUCUCUCUCCUCCUCCCCUCCUCCUCCCCCCCCCCCUCUCUCUCUCUUCCCCUCCCCCCCCCCCCCCCCCCCCCCCCCUCCUUCUCUUCCUGCCUGACCCCGACUCUCGCUCCUCCCUCCCCCCCCCCCCCCCCCCACUCUUUCUCUCUCUCUCCUCCCCCUCCCCUCUCUUCAGUCUGACAUUGUUCCUGGUCUACUUUGCUGCGGUGCUGGUGUUGUCUCUGGCAACAGGGAACAUCCAGAUCCACGCUCCAGAACGCCAGUUCGCCCCCAUCUACCUGCUGAGACCGAACCAAGCCCCCCGGAAAUACACCACCAGCCUAUUGGUCCAGAACUCAUCAGGUACGCCAGUCAGUCAGGAAAUACACCACCAGCCUAUUGGUCCAGAACUCAUCAGGUACGCCAGUCAGUCAGGAAAUACACCACCAGCCUAUUGGUCCAGAACUCAUCAGAUACAUCAGUUAGCCAGCCAGCCAAUCAGCCAGUCAGUCAGGAAAUACACCACCAGCCUAUUGGUCCAGAACUCAUCAGAUACAUCAGUUAGCCAGCCAGCCAAUCAGCCAGUCAGUCAGGAAAUACACCACUAGCCUACUAGUGUCCAUAACUCAUCAGGUACAGCAAUACUCUCUUCUAUACUGUGAACUGAUACUCUUGAAUACUGUGUUUUCCUCCCAUCACUACAGCUCUGAAAUAGUUUCUCUAUCCAUCUCUUCCCAAGCAGUAGAGAGUUCCUAGCAGCAUUUGUUCAUAAAAUAUGAAUGCCUGAAUAGGAGACUAGAAACACUCUGGUUUGAAACCCAACAGAAACACUUGUGUGACUUUCUGUGGUCUGGUACUCCACAGGCUCUGAUAUCUCCGACUUGGUCCGUAACCUGGAAUCUCAGGACAUCAAGGUGGAGAUGAUGCAGAACACAGACUACAUGUCCUGUGCUCCUCACAGCGCAGCCAUCAACGUCACCGGAUCCAACAAGGUGAAAAUAAUAACCCCUCUUAUACAGGAGAAGGGCGACAUUCUCUCUCUCUCUGUGUGUGUGUGUGUGUGGGCAUGAUGUUGAUGGUUCUAAAUGGAGUGCUCUAAGGCUGAGGGCUGUUAUGCCAUAGUGCCCUAAUUGGUGGCAGGGUGCUUCAGUGGAGUGGUUGUUGUUUACCGUGGCUGUCUAUCUGUCUGUGGCAUAGAGCCACACAGAGAGGGAACUGAUGCCACUUUAAAUGCCAAGUCUUUGAUUGACUCUUCUCCUGUCUGGUAAUGGGGCUUCAGUUUAGUAUAGCUUCACACACACACACACACACACACACACACACACACACACACACACACACACACACACACACACGUACGGACAGAGAACCAUUGACAAGACACCUUAUCCAUUUUAAGAUACAGCGUAGCGUUCAACAGUGUGUGGUUAUCUAGCGUUCAACAGUGUGUGGUUAUUUAGCGUUCAACAGUGUGUGGUUAUCUAGUGUUCAACAGUGUGUGGUUAUCCUCUAUCUUUCAGGAUUUCAGAUACAGCGUAGCGUUCAACAGUACUACCGUCCACUCACUGCCCAUGACAGUCAACAUCCUCAGUAACGCCAUCUUACGAGGUCUCAACGACACACAACACAUCCACACCUGGACCAAGCCCUUCGACUAUGUAAGUCAAAUCCAAUAAGACUAAUGCUUAUAUGAACUCAGGGAUGGGUCCGUAACAGUAGUAAGUACAGCAAUAUAAUAUAUUGUAGCUUCAUUUGUCAAGACUAUCUAAACUUGUUACAGACAAAUACACAAGCAAUAAAUUAGAUAUAUCUAUCUAAUCUUUCUAUCGAAAUUGACCCAAAAAAAAUGGUUGUAAGGUGUCUAAAAGAGUGUGCAUCAUACUGCAAGCAUUUUGAUGGAAGUAUUUGACUUUCCCUCUGUUCUUCUCCUCAGCAAAUUCCCCUCACCACGUCCUAUGCUCUGGUCUAUAUCGAGGCUAUCAUGCUGGGGAUGCUAGCAGCGGGCAUGCCUGCCUACUUUGCCAUGGACCACACCCGAGACAGAGAGGUAAGCAGGCGAUUUACUGAAGAGCAGACAUGCCAUGGAUAUGGUCUGGCACUGCUCCAAUGCUCUUUCACCAGUCAGCAAGCAUUCAGUUUAUCUCCCGAUUCAGACAUUAACACGUUGUUGAUUGAACAAAAAUAAGUUGUGGCUUGUAAAACUGAAAGGCACGUCCAAGCGCCCCUUUUUAAGAUCUAAAUAAAAAAGCAUUAAUUGAAUAUGCUUUCCACAUUGACUGUUUUAUUGAUUGAUUGACUGUUUUAUGGAUUCAUUUGACUGUUUUGAUUUCUCCUCUCUCUUCUCCGUUGUAGAUAAAAUGUCGUUCUACUCUGCGUAUCUCUGGCCUGGUCCCGUCUGCGUACUGGUGUGGUCAGGCUGCAGUGGACAUCCCCUUCUACUACCUCAUACUGACCACUAUGACCAGCAUCCUCUUCUCCUUCCAUUCUGCCAACCUGCUCACCUCCAGCAACCUCACCGCAGUGGUCUGUCAGACAGAAACAGAAGCACCGCAUGCACAAACUCCCUCAGACUGACUCUCCUCCAUAUUUAUCUCUGUCUAUCUCUCUGUCUCUCUCUAGAUCCUGUGUCUGAUAGGUUUUGGUCCAGCUAUGAUCCUGUUCACCUACGUGGUGUCCUUCAUGUUCACAGGCGUCCAGAGUAACAGUGACUUCUUCUCUGUGGUCUCCAUGAUGGUGAGAACAACAGCCUUCCCUCCACUCCCUGUCACACGUUCUUCCAACGUUCACGCAACAUUCUUACAAUGUCACCAUAACCCCUUGAGUAGUCUUUAUUAUGGAGGUUCCUCUAUAUCGGUUUAAAAACAACCAACAGAUAAGGGAAAGUAGAUGAAUGAUUGUGUCAAUGUGGGAGCAGCUAUAAUACUGUGUUUUUAUUUGUGUGUCUGUGUGUGUCGGUCGGUCUGUGUGUGUUGUUGGAUCCCAGCUGUGUGUGGUGUCUGCCUCCAUCAUCCAGCUGCCCUUUGUGAACGACAACCCCGGGCUGACCAGGAUCCUCCACAACACCCUGUGUUUCUUCAACCCUCUCUACCCUUUAAUGGGCUGCCUUAACUCGAUCACCAAGGCCACCUUCCUGCCCUCUCUCUAUGAAGAGGACUUGCUCUGGAAGAACUUGCUCAUUGCUGUCCUAUCUGUAAGUGAGGUCUUCCCCAGCUGAUAGGCUAGGGUUCUGUCAGGUCUUGGUGAUGUCUUCCCCAGCUGAUAGGUUAGGGUUCUGUCAGGUCUUGGUGAUGUCUUCCCCAGCUGAUAGGCUAGGGUUCUGUCAGGUCUUGACUUGGUGAUGUCUUCCACAGCUGAUAGGCUAGGGUUCUGUCAGGUCUUGGUGAUGUCUUCCCCAGCUGAUAGGCUAGGGUUCUGUCAGGUCUUGGUGAUGUCUUCCCCAGCUGAUAGGCUAGGGUUCUGUCAGGUCUUGACUUGGUGAUGUCUUCCCCAGCUGAUAGGUUAGGGUUCUGUCAGGUCUUGGUGAUGUCUUCCCCAGCUGAUAGGCUAGGGUUCUGUCAGGUCUUGGUGAUGUCUUCCCCAGCUGAUAGGCUAGGGUUCUGUCAGGUCUUGACUUGGUGAUGUCUUCCCCAGCUGAUAGGCUAGGGUUCUGUCAGGUCUUGGUGAUGUCUUCCCCAGCUGAUAGGCUAGGGUUCUGUCAGGUCUUGGUGAUGUCUUCCCCAGCUGAUAGGCUAGGGUUCUGUCAGGUCUUGGUGAUGUCUUCCCCAGCUGAUAGGCUAGGGUUCUGUCAGGUCUUGGUGAUGUCUUCCCCAGCUGAUAGGCUAGGGUUCUGUCAGGUCUUGGUGAUGUCUUCCCCAGCUGAUAGGCUAGGGUUCUGUCAGGUCUUGACUUGGUGAUGUCUUCCCCAGCUGAUAGGUUAGGGUUCUGUCAGGUCUUGGUGAUGUCUUCCCCAGCUGAUAGGCUAGGGUUCUGUCAGGUCUUGGUGAUGUCUUCCCCAGCUGAUAGGCUAGGGUUCUGUCAGGUCUUGACUUGGUGAUGUCUUCCCCAGCUGAUAGGCUAGGGUUCUGUCAGGUCUUGGUGAUGUCUUCCCCAGCUGAUAGGCUAGGGUUCUGUCAGGUCUUGGUGAUGUCUUCCCCAGCUGAUAGGCUAGGGUUCUGUCAGGUCUUGGUGAUGUCUUCCCCAGCUGAUAGGCUAGGGUUCUGUCAGGUCUUGGUGAUGUCUUCCCCAGCUGAUAGGCUAGGGUUCUGUCAGGUCUUGGUGAUGUCUUCCCCAGCUGAUAGGCUAGGGUUCUGUCAGGUCUUGGUGAUGUCUUCCCCAGCUGAUAGGCUAGGGUUCUGUCAGGUCUUGGUGAUGUCUUCCCCAGCUGAUAGGCUAGGGUUCUGUCAGGUCUUGGUGAUGUCUUCCCCAGCUGAUAGGCUAGGGUUCUGUCAGGUCUUGGUGAUGUCUUCCCCAGCUGAUAGGCUAGGGUUCUGUCAGGUCUUGGUGAUGUCUUCCCCAGCUGAUAGGCUAGGGUUCUGUCAGGUCUUGGUGAUGUCUUCCCCAGCUGAUAGGCUAGGGUUCUGUCAGGUCUUGGUGAUGUCUUCCCCAGCUGAUAGGUUAGGGUUCUGUCAGGUCUUGGUGAUGUCUUCCCCAGCUGAUAGGCCAGGGUGUUGAGGCAGUUCAGAAAGACGGUAGCGGGGGGAGCCUCGAUGGUACAGGGAGGGAGGAGAAGCGUGUUAUGUGGAAUGAUAAAAUAUAAUUGUAUUUGUCACAUUACCUGGCUCCAUCUGCACCUUUGUUUAAGAAUCUCAAUAUCUUGUCUAUUUACGACAUUAGCGUACGCCAAUUAUGCACUUUCAUCUACAAAUACUAAUUCCUCCCUGACAGUUUACCUAAACCCUUCAAUGGAUUCUUCCAGGUUAAUUCUGAAAUCCAUCUAUAUAACACAAGACACUGCGAUAACCUUCACCCUCCCCACUGCUGCACCUCACAGUCAAUUCUCUAUCAGAUACAGAAUUCUUAUCUUCACAUUGCCAAAACCUCAUCCUCCCUCCAUAACUUCAAGCGAAGACUGGGGGUCAGCCUGAUGAACCAAACGACCCAGUACUCCCCUCCAUGUAUCCUAACUCUCACACACACAAUAGAAAAAAGAAUAAACUGUGGAAUAAAUGGCAUUAUAAAUAAAUAACAGUUGAUUUAUUGACUGGUGUGUUGCUGUGUUUCUCUUCAGCCCUAUCUGCAAUGCAUCCUGCUACUCUUCAUACUGCGCUGGUUGGAGAUCCACUAUGGAGGGAGGAUCAUGAAGAAUGACCAAUUCUGCAGGUGGGAGCAGGUUGCAGAGCCCAAAAGCUCAGUAGGACACCUUAUAAUAAUAAGGUGUCCCACACACACACAUUUUUAUAGUUGACCCCCCUCCCCCCAGUUUUAUAAUUUAGUGCUUUAGGACCAUGCGGACGCCUCUGCAGGCUGUUUAGAGGUGUUAGAGGGCUGGAUUUAGGACCACACAGACACCUCGGAGCGUGCAGGGAGGCUGUGUGAAUGCAAAGAUUAUGGCGAAAGGACGGCCAGGUUGUGUCCCACCCACGUCUAAAACCAAAGUUCCGCACCUGCAUUUAAUUGUCCCUGAAUCUUACUGUUACCAUUGUCUUUCCUCCCCACAGGAUAUCUUCCAAGAGCAAGGCUAAAGUGGAGAGGAACCCAGAGGAGGGGAUCAACGAGGAUGAGGAUGUUCAGAUGGAGAAGGCUCGGGUGAAGGAGGCCCUCACCUGCCAGUGCUGUGAGGAGGUGUGUGUGUGAGAGAGAGAGAAUCACGAGGUGUGUGUGUGUUAACUCCAUUUUGGAUUCACACCUUGAAAUCACAGGAGCCCUAUGUGGACGACAACUACGAUCUCUGGGAUGGGAUUUCAAAAUGUUGUUUUUGUUAGAGACUUUGAAAUGACUAUAUAUCAGGGAAUCUAAUUGUUUAGUCUCUGUGUCCCCCUGUCAGAAACCAGUAGUGGUGGUCAGUAACUUGAGGAAGCAGUAUAAAUGUCCAUCUCUCAAGAAGAAGAGGACAGUAGCCAUCAAGAACGUCUCCUUCUGUGUCCGGGAAGGUCAGCUCACGAUGUUUCACCUUAUUUUGGUGAUCUUUUUCAUUGGUCAAACAGUUAACAGGAUCCAUUUCUGAUCACUGAGCACUGUAUUUUACUAGAGUUAUGAAUCCAAUGGUUUUGAGAGUAUGGCAUAAGGUCUGCAUGUGAGGGUUUUUGUAAACGUUGUCAUACCAGGUGAGGUGCUUGGACUACUGAGGCCCAACGGAGCAGGGAAGAGCACCAUUAUACACUAAAUAGACCCAUGGCUGAAUAAUUGAAUGCUUAAUGGUCUUGAGGCUGGUCUUGAUGAAUAAUGGGCAUACCAGGCAGCUAACCAGUAGCAACUCUGUGUGUGUGUGUGUGUUCAGGUGAGGUGCUUGGACUUCUGGGGCCCAACGGAGCAGGGAAGAGCACUAUCAUGCAUAUGUUGUCUGGAGACACAGACCCAACCGCUGGACAGGUACAUACCAUUUACCCUCUCUGCCUCGUGACCUUCAAUGGCAGUGGCCACCGACCGGUCGAUCACAAUCGACUGGUCGAUCACCAAGGCAUUCCUAGUCGAUCACCAAACAUUUCUGUAAAAAACCGAAACAAUAAAGCCUUGCGUUUGAAAAAAAUAACAUUUGUUUUGUGCUGUUGGCGGUAGGGGCACUUGAUUCAGCAGCCCUGGUGCCGGGAAGGCAAAGUGUUCCCAUGUUGAACCAUUUCAUGUGUCUGAAGGUAGAACUCCGCCUACCCGGCAGGCCCAGAGAGCAAAUCAAGUGCACCUAUAGGCCUACCGCUGGCCAAUCAGAUAGCUCAGAUCACCGUGUCUGCACAGUUUCCUUGAGCCAUAGACUGUAAAAAGAAGACUCGAACGCACAGUUAAGUUGAUACUGUGAUAUUUCAAAACUUUUAAAACCAUGACUAGAGAGAGACUCAACAAAUACAGCAAAGAGCUGCUGUUUUUAUGACUAAGUUUAUGUUUAAUGUUGUUAUUCAGCACUGUCAUAUGAUUCAGUCUGAAACUCGGUUGCUCUCGUCUCCCCUAUAUGAUUCAGUCUGAAACUCGGUUGCUCUCGUCUCCCCUAUAUGAUUCAGUCUGAAACUCGGUUGCUCUCGUCUCCCCUAUAUGAUUCAGUCUGAAACUCUGUUGCGCUCGUCUCCCCAGGUGUUAAUGGGGGACUACAGUACAGAUUUCCGUCCAGUGGACAACCCCCUAGAGCAUAUAGGGUACUGUCCCCAGGUCAGCCCCCUUUGGCCCCGCAUCACCCUAGAAGAACACCUGGAGAUCUACGCUGCCAUCAAGGGCCUCCGCGGACAGGAUGUCCCUGGCAUCAUCAAACGGUAGCUAUCCCAACAAUCAAAUCAAACUUUAUUUAUAGAGCACAUUUCUUAUGGAGGAUGAAUUUCCAGGUGAUUAAUAAAUCAAAUAAUACAAAGUGAGAAAGAUAAACACAAUAUAUUUUCUAAAUGAGACAAAUUUAAAAUAGUAAAACAAUAAUAAAAUAACAGUGGACAUGAGAGACUAAUGCAUUAAAAUAGAUUUAAAACAUAAGAUAUAUAGAAUGGGGGGAAAAUUAAUAUAUAGAAAAGAAAACGCUCUCCUACUGUACCCUUAUGAGAAAUGUCUUAUGGUAGUAACUGGUAGUGCCUAGGGGAGGGGUGUUAGUUCACCAAACCAACAGUUCGGUAUCUAUUGCAGUUUUGGGGACAUGUUUCGGUACAGCGGGGAAAUGAAAUGCCAUUCACAAUGUUCCUUGCCGGAUUGUUAUGUUCGGCCUCUCAAGGUUCCACUCUGAUGCUGUGUUUGUAACCAUGUGGGAGGUGGGAAUUUACCAGUUGUGAAGUCAUAAAUACCAGUUGGAUGCAUUCAGGUGAUUUGAACUCGUUGAGAAACACUGAUUGGUUAAUGGCCAACAAGCUGCGUCAACCAUAAACUAAAAGUACAGCUAUCGUGCUUGUAAACUAAUUAUAGUUUAAAAAACACAAUAAUAGAUGAUAAAAAGCAAAUCAUGUUUUGUUGCAUUUAACUGCCGGAAAUGCUGUUAUAGAGGCCAUUUCCUUAGUAGGUGAUGUUAGAGGUCACCAUGUGGGAGAAGUCAGAGCUCAGGAUGAUAGUCAGUUUCCCACUAGUAAUUACCAGUUGGAGGGCCGUUCAAGUGGAUUUUUCCCAGUCGUAUGUGGUAAAUUCCCACUUCCAUCUUGGUUACGAACGCACCAUGACACUGCCUCCUUCAGUGCCAGAUGCGCACCUGUAACUCUCAUAAAGGGGGCGUCUGUAGCACGGUACAUCUCCCACACCUGGGUAAUGUGAUGGGAUGUCACUGUUAAGUAAGUGCAACACAGGGUACAUUGGCCAAUUCAUUGAAAACUUGGGUGCAAGAGGGAAGUUCGUAACGUGGCUCGAGCACUUUCACAAGGUGCUGAAACCGCCUAUUCUCAACCACCGGGAAUGGGCCAUAUCCACGGCUAUAAACCAAAGACCAAGAUAUAAACAGCCUACCGAUCACUCUUGUAAUUUCUUUGGCCCGGUCAGAAUCAGCUGCCAAGGGCUGCUUGAAUGCAGAAGGGAGGCGAUGUUGUGUUGUUUCUUUGCGUUUCCGUCUUGCUCCGGUGUACUGGGGUGAUGUCGACGUAAAUGUGUCAACAUAUUGUUAACGUUUUAUCCACAACUCUCUGUCCAUCGAUGUUGUAAUCUACCAAAAUGUUCCCAAACUGGAGAUUUAAACGAUAAUGGAGUAUCCUCCAAUUCUGGUUUAUCGACCCCAACACUCAUACAGAACUAGUUCCCGGCUGCGCCUCACAAAAUGAUAGUCUGAAAUGCACCAAUUAAGAUUUGAAUUUGUAUUACAACGUGCGUUUAGGCUCUAGUUGUUUUAACAGAAUGGCCUGAAAUGUUUUUUCAGCUCCGAUUUACUCAAGAGGCAUAGGCCAACAACGCAACUUAGGCAUAGCCUUUAGGCAGAGAUUUAUUUUGUACAUAUUUUUUAUUUUUAUGUAUGCAUUCGGGUUCACAGUUUGGGCCGAACCGAGGUCCACGUACCGAACAGUUCGGUAGGAAUACCUGUACCUUUACACCCCUAGUAGUGACAUGUUGUAGUCAGAGAUGUGCUGGCGACAACCAAGCAUUGAUUAAUCCCCAAAAUGACAAAUGUAUCUAACGUUUAUCUUAUCUAUCUAACCAGCAUUUUGAGACUUGGCCCUUUUUAUUUUUCUGUUAUGUACCUUAUGUUUAGCCUGGGUACCAGUCCUUUUAGGUAACAUUCCACUCCUUGCUACUCCUGUCAUUUGUCAAAUAUUAACAUUCUAUCAUUAAUGAGCUCUAGGAGAUCAGAGGAUUUGAUCCUGAUUCGAUAACCUCAUAGGUAUCCUCCAAUCAAAGGUUAGGAAAAUAUUGGAACUUUUUUUCUCCACACAUCACGUUGGUGUCCGGUUGCUAAGCAACCGUUUUUUUUUUUGGUCCAGACGAAAACCAGUCUUUCAAAAGUAGGGGUAAACAACUCCAUGAUUUUUGGUGUUGACUCAGACUCUGACUCUUCCUCGACUCACAAAACACACUGAAACGACUGCGCACACACAUACAAACCAAUCUACACACAAUACACCAUAAUGACAAAGCAAAAACUGGUUUCUAUACAUUUUUGCAAAUGUAUUAAAAAUAAAAAACCUUUGCUAUGAGACUCGAAAUUGAGCUCUGGUGCAUCCUGUUUCCAUUGAUCAUCCUUGAGAUGUUUCUACAACUUGAUUGGAGUCCACCUGUGGUAAAUUCAAUUGUUUGGACAUGAUUUGGAAAGGCACUCACCUGUCUAUAUAAGGUCACACAGCUGACAGUGCAUGUCAGAGCAAAAACCAAGCCAUGAGGUCGAAGGAAUUGUCCGUAGAGCUCCGAGACAGGAUUGUGUCAAGGCACAGAUCUGGGGAAGGGUACCAAAAAUGUCUGCAGCAUUGAAGGUCCCCAAGAACACGGUGGCCUCAAUCAUUCUUUGGAACCACCAAGACUCUUCCUAGAGCUGGCCGCCCGGCCAAACUGAGCAGUCGGGGUAGAAGGGCCUUGGUCAGGGAGGUGACCAAGAACCCGAUGGUCACUCUGAAAGACCUCUAGAGUUGCUCUAUGGAGAUGGGAGAACCUUCCGGAAGGACAACCAUCUCUGCAACACUCCACCAAUCAGGCCUUUAUGGUAGAGUGGCCAGAUGGAAGCCACUCCUCAGUAAAAGGCACAUGACAGCCCGCUUGGAGUUUGCCAAAAGGCACCUAAAGACUCUCAGACCAUGAGAAACAAGAUCCUCUGGUCUGAUGAAACCAAGAUUGAACUCUGGCCUGAAUGCCAAGCGUCACGUCUGGAGGAAACCUGGCACCAUCCCUACAGUGAAGCAUGGUGGUGGCAGCAUCAUGCUGUGGGGACGUUUUUCAGCGGCAGGGACUGGGAAACUAGUCAGGAUCAAGGCAAAUAUGAACGGAGCAAAGUACAGAGAUAUCCUUGAUGAAACCUGCUCAGGACCUCCAGACUGGGGCAAAGGUUCACCUUCAAACAGGACAAUGAGACAAUGCAGGAGUGGCUUCAGGACAAGUCUCUGAAUGUCCUUGAGUGUCCCAGCCAGAGCCCGGACUUGAACCCAAUCGAACAUCUCUGAAGAGACCUGAAAAUAGCUGUGCAGCAACGCUCCCCAUCCAACCUGACAGAGCUUGAGAGGAUCUGCAGAGAAGAAUUGGAGAAACUCCCCAAAUAAAGGUGUGCCAAGCUUGUAGCGUCAUACCCAAGAAGACUCGAGGCUGUAAUCGCUGCCAAAGGUCCUUCAACAAAGUACUCCCUCGCUAGCUCGCUCUUUCUUUGCUGUGAAAGAAGCGAAAGUUUGUGUUCUUGGAAGUAGCCUAUGGCAACUAGCCAACUCGGUCUCCUCCGUUGCAAAAAUACUGAAACUUAGGAGUCGAGAAGCAGAUUUCUAGCGGAAUCGAAACUUGACACCCAGAAAUGGGAGUCGAUGGGCAAGGAGUAGACUCUACACCACUAGUCAAAAGUUGCAAGCUCACGUCUAAAUUCUCAAAUGAAAUACUUACUGCAAUUCCAACCACAAAACGUCUUAGCUUUGAUGCAACAGCGUGCCUAGCUAACAGCUAAAUGUUGUUUGUUUUUUACUUUAUUAUCAUUCUAAUUCUAUUUUUGAGGCUCCACAUGUUGUCAUGGAAAAUAUUUAUGUAGCCAGGCCUUGGCCUAUAGAACUCUAGCUAAUUUGGUCAGGGUGUGAAUAUUCUAGGUUUGUAUUUCUAUGUUUGGCCGGGUGUGGUUCCCAAUCAGAGGCAGCUGUCGCUCGUUGUCUCUGAUUGGGGAUCAUACUUAGGCAGCCAGUUUUCCUGCCUGUGUUGUGGGAUCUUGUUGUGUUCCUGUUUAGGCUUUUGUGUUAGCCCUUUGGACCGUCACGGUUAAGGUUGUUAUUUUGGUUAUUGUGUCGUGUGUUUAUUAGUUAAUAAAUAUGUACGCCUUUCACGCUGCACCUUGGUCCAACCCGUCUCUUAACGUACGUGACAGAAGAUCCCACCACCAAUGGACCAAGCAGCGUGCCCAGGAGGAGCAGAGAGUAUGGACUUGGAGGGAGAUAAGAGAGGAUCUGGCAAGGCAGAUGGAGGCCCUGAAAGGGAUCAGGGUGGAGAAGGAGAGACAGCCCCAAUAAUUUUUUUUGGGGGGGCUAAAAGGGUGGUCGGGGAGCGACAGAGAGGAGCCCCGACCACUGCACUCGUGGGGGCUCAAGGAGGAGUCCUCACUGGAGGAGGACGGGGCGCGGAGUGUAAAGGACGGAGACAGUCAUAGACCUCCAGCGCCGGUUCCCAGUCCGGUACGCCCCGUGCCUGCUCCCCGCACCAAGCCAGUGGUGUGUGUUCCCAGUCCGGCCCGGCCUGUUCCUGCUCCUCGCACCAAGCCAGUGGUGCGUGUGUUCCCAGUCCGGCCCGGCCUGUUCCUGCUCCUCGCACCAAGCCAGUGGUGCGUGUUCCCAGUCCGGCCCGGCUUGUUCCUGUUCCCCGCACCAAGCCAGUGGUGCGUGUUCCCAGUCCGGUAUGCCCCGUACCUGCUCCCCGCACCAAGCCAGUGGUGCGUGUUCCCAGUCCGGCCCGGCUUGUUCCUGCACCUCGCACCAAGCCAGUGGUGCGUGUUCCAGUCCGUCCCGGCCUGUUCCUGCUCCUCGCACCAAGCCGGUGGUGCGCGUCGCCAGUCCGGCCCGACCUGUUCCUGCUCCUCGCACCAAGCCAGGGGUGCGCGUCGCCAGUCGGCCCGGCCUGUUACUGUCACGCCAGUCGGCCCGGGUACUGUCACGCCCUGGCCUAUAGAACUCUAGCUAGUUUGGUCAGGGUGUGAAUAUUCUAGGUUUGUAUUUCUAUGUUUGGCCGGGUGUGGUUCCCAAUCAGAGGCAGCUGUCGCUCGUUGUCUCUGAUUGGGGAUCAUACUUAGGCAGCCAGUUUUCCUGCCUGUGUUGUGGGAUCUUGUUGUGUUCCUGUUUAGGCUUGUGUGUUAGCCCUUUGGACCGUCACGGUUAAGUUUGUUAUUUUGGUUAUUGUGUCGUGUGUUUAUUAGUUAAUAAACAUGUACGCCUUUCACGCUGCACCUUGGUCCAACCCGUCUCUUAACGUACAGUGGGGGAAAAAAGUAUUUAGUCAGCCACCAAUUGUGCAAGUUCUCCCACUUAAAAAGAUGAGAGAGGCCUGUAAUUUUCAUCAUAGGUACACGUAAACUAUGACAGACAAAUUGAGGAAAAAAAUUCCAGAAAAUCACAUUGUAGGAUUUUUUAUGAAUUUAUUUGCAAAUUAUGGUGGAAAAUAAGUAUUUGGUCAAUAACAAAAGUUUCUCAAUACUUCGUUAUAUACCAUUUGUUGGCAAUGACACAGGUCAAUCGUUUUCUGUAAGUCUUCACAAGGUUUUCAUACACUGUUGCUGGUAUUUUGGCCCAUUCCUCCAUGCAGAUCUCCUCUAGAGCAGUAAUGUUUUGGGGCUGUCGCUGGGCAACACGGACUUUCAACUCCCUCCAAAGAUUUUCUAUGGGGUUGAGAUCUGGAGACUGGCUAGGCCACUCCAGGACCUUGAAACACUCCUUCAUUGCCCAGGCGGUGUGUUUGGGAUCAUUGUCAUGCUGAAAGACCCAGCCACGUUUCAUCUUCAAUGCCCUUGCUGAUGGAAGGAGGUUUUCACUCAAAAUCUCACGAUACAUGGCCCCAUUCAUUCUUUCCUUUACACGGAUCAGUCGUCCUGGUCCCUUUGCAGAAAAACAGCCCCAAAGCAUGAUGUUUCCACCCCCAUGCUUCACAGUAGGUAUGGUGUUCUUUGGAUGCAACUCAGCAUUCUUUGUCCUCCAAACACGACGAGUUGAGUUUUUACCAAAAAGUUCUAUUUUGGUUUCAUCUGACCAUAUGACAUUCUCCCAAUCCUCUUCUGGAUCAUCCAAAUGCACUCUAGCAAACUUCAGACGGGCCUGGACAUGUACUGGCUUAAGCAGGGGGACACGUCUGGCACUGCAGGAUUUGAGUCCCUGGCGGCGUAGUGUGUUACUGAUGGUAGGCUUUGUUACUUUGGUCCCAGCUCUCUGCAGGUCAUUCACUAGGUCCCCCCGUGUGGUUCUGGGAUUUUUGCUCACCGUUCUUGUGAUCAUUUUGACCCCACGGGGUGAGAUCUUGCGUGGAGCCCCAGAUCGAGGGAGAUGAUCAGUGGUCUUGUAUGUCUUCCAUUUCCUAAUAAUUGCUCCCACAGUUGAUUUCUUCAAACCAAGCUGCUUACCUAUUGCAGAUUCAGUCUUCCCAGCCUGGUGCAGGUCUACAAUUUUGUUUCUGGUGUCCUUUGACAGCUCUUUGGUCUUGGCCAUAGUGGAGUUUGGAGUGUGACUGUUUGAGGUUGUGGACAGGUGUCUUUUAUACUGAUAACAAGUUCAAACAGGUGCCAUUAAUACAGGUAACGAGUGGAGGACAGAGGAGCCUCUUAAAGAAGAAGUUACAGGUCUGUGAGAGCCAGAAAUCUUGCUUGUUUGUAGGUGACCAAAUACUUAUUUUCCACCAUAAUUUGCAAAUAAAUUCAUAAAAAAUCCUACAAUGUGAUUUUCUGGAAUUUUUUUCCUCAAUUUGUCUGUCAUAGUUGACGUGUACCUAUGAUGAAAAUUACAGGCCUCUCUCAUCUUUUUAAGUGGGAGAACUUGCACAAUUGGUGGCUGACUAAAUACUUUUUUUCCCCACUGUACGUGACAUAAGUAAUUUCCAACAGCCAAAUAGCAACUCUGCUGGAAAUCCAGCUGCAUAUUAAUCUUUGAGAUCACAUAAAUAUCAUGUAUUUUAUUUAUAUAGAUGAGAUUGGCAAAUGACAGAUGUGGAAUGUUAGCUAAAGAGGUUGGUACCCAGACUACCAUAUGUUGUGGCCUCCUGUGGAAUGUGAACUCUCUCUGUGUUUCUCUCAGUGUGGUGAACGCUCUAGAGCUGAAGGACCAUCUCCACAAGCAGGCCAAGAAACUGUCAGCUGGGAUCAAGAGGAAGGUGAGAGAGAGAGAGACACACCUCACAGCACUCUACACGCCUGAACUAACACUGUGGAGAGGAGGGAGACUUUUAGUUCUAAACUGCCUGUCUGAGAGACAUUUGGAGAGAUUAAAUGGGGUUGGUCCAGGGAUUCAGUUAGGGCCUAGCAGUGCCAUCCAUCAUUUAAUGUCCUCUGUCAGCUCAAACAGUCAGUGUUAGCAGAGUAAAAUAACCACCAAGCUUAGCCCUAAACAUUCACCAAAUCCUAACUCUGUACUUUGCUCACUUGUUUCAUUUGUACAUCUGUGGCACAGGAUGUUGACUCGAUUGUUCUGUGUUUCAGCCUAGCCCAACUGUUCAAACCCUUUGCUUUCACUAAUUCUCACUUACCUGUUUAAUUGGAAGCCUAAUAAUAUAUGUGCCCCACUUUGUUGACUGUAUUUUUCUGUAUUUCCUGUUUGUGUGUUUCAGUUGUGCUUUGCUCUCAGCAUGUUGGGGAACCCGCAGAUAGUUCUGCUGGAUGAGCCUUCUACAGGGAUGGACCCCAAGUCCAAACAACGCAUGUGGUGAGACCCGCUCCUCUCUCUGGGACAAUCGGACCAAAACAAUGUUGUCUUGUGGGACAAGACUAAAAAAAUGUUGACAACAAAAUCACACUGCAAUCAACAGAAACUAGAAUGUAUUGUGUACUUUGUACAGUGCCUUGCAAAAGUAUUCAGCCCCCUUGGCGUUUUUCUUAUAUUGUUGCAUUACCACCUGUAAUUUAAAUGGAUUUUUAUUUGGAUUUCAUGUAAUGGACAUGCACAAAAUAGUCCAAAUUGGUGAAGUGAAAUUUAAAAAAUUACUUGUUUCAGAAAAUUAUACAAAAUAAAUAACAGAAAAGUGGUGCGUGCAUAUGUAUUCACCCCCUUUGCUAUGAAGCCCCUAAAUAAGAUCUGGUGCAACCAAUUACCUUCAGAAGUCACAUAAUUAGUUAAAUAAAGUCCACCUGUGUGCAAUCUGUCACAUGAUCUCAGUGUAUAUAUACACCUGUUCUGAAAGGUCCCAGAGUCUGCAACACCACUAAGCAAGGGGCACCACAUAGCAAGCGGCACCAUGAAGACCAAGGAGCUCUCCAAACAGGUCAGGGACAAACUUGUGGAGAAGUACAGAUCAGGGUUGGGUUAUAAAAAAAUAUCAGAAACUUUGAACAUCCCACAGAGCACUAUUAAAUCCAUUAUUUAAAAAAUUGAAAGAAUAUGGCACCACAACAAACCUGCCAAGAGAGGGCCGCCCACCAAAACCGACGGACCAGGCAAGGAGGGCAUUAAUCAGAGAGGCAACAAAGAGACCAAAGAUAACCCUGAAGGAGCUGCAAAGCUCCACAGCGGAGAUUGGAGUAUCUGUCCAUAGGACCACUUUAAGCCGUACACUCCACAGAGCUGGGCUUUACGGAAGAGUGGUCAGAAAAAAGCCAUUGCUUAAAGAAAAAAAGAAGCAAACACGUUUGGUGUUUGCCAAAAGGCAUGUGGGGGACUCCCCAAACAUAUGGAAGAAGGUACUCUGGUCAGAUGAGACUAAAAUUGAGCUUUUUGGCCAUCAAGGAAAACGCUAUGUCUGGCGCAAACCCAACACCUCUCAUCACCCCGAGAACCCCUUCCAUGGUGGAAGCAUGGUGGUGGCAGGAUCAUGCUGUGGGGAUGUUUUUCAUCGGCAGGGACUGGGAAACUGGUCAGAAUUGAAGGAAUGAUGGAUGGCGCUAAAUACAGGGAAAUUCUUGAGGGAAACCAUUUUCAGUCUUCCAGAGAUUUGAGACUGGGACGGAGGUUCACCUUCCAGCAGGACAAUGACCCUAAGCAUACUGCUAAAGCAAGACUCAAGUGGUUUAAAGGGAAAUAUUGAAAUGUCUUGGAAUGGCCUAGUCAAAGCCCAGACCUCAAUCCAAUUGAGAAUCUGUGGUAUGACUUAAAGAUUGCUGUACACCAGCAGAACCCAUCCAACUUGAAGGAGCUGGGGCAGUUUUGCCUUGAAGAAUGGGCAAAAAUCCCAGUGGCUAGAUGUGCCAAGCUUAUAGAGACAUACCACAAGAGACUUGCAGCUGUAAUUGCUGCAAAAGCUGGCACUACAAAGUAUUGACUUUGAGGGGGUGAAUAGUUAUGCACGCUCAAGUUUUCUGUUUUUUUGUCUUAUUUCUUGUUUGUUUCACAAUAAAUAAAUAAAAUGCAUCUUCAAAGUGGUAGGCAUGUUGUGUAAAUCAAAUGAUACAAACCCCCCCAAAAUCAAUUUUAAUUCCAGGUUGUAAGGCAACAAAAUAGGAAAAAUGCCAAGGGGGGGUGAAUACUUUCGCAAGCCACUGUAUAUGUAUAUCAACUUCAGCCUAAAAUGUUUUCAGUUUUUCUUUUAGUUUUAGGUUUUAUUGUUCUACUCUGUUAAGUAACCAGUAAAGUGCUAAGGCUAUGGUCCUUCUGUUCCUCCGUUGUGUCCUGUCUCCAGGAGGGCUAUCCGGGCAGCGUUUAAGAACCACAAGCGCGGAGCCAUCCUGACCACUCACUACAUGGAGGAGGCUGAGGCGGUGUGUGACCGCGUGGCCAUCAUGGUGGCAGGGCAGCUCAGGUGAGUGUUGGGGUGAAGAUGGGGGGAACAUAGAGUUGGAUAGAGGGUGCACAACACUGUUUUUGUUGUGCCCUCUAUCCAAUUCUAUGGGGGGGGGGGGGGAUGUCCAGAAACUCUGACAUUGGGGCAAAGGUGUUAUGUUGUAAUUACAUUGCUUUGGCUAAUAAUCUAUGUCGCAAUAACUUAUUUAUAUAUUCUUACAGUGAGGGAAAAAAGUAUUUGAUCCCCUGCUGAUUUUGUACGUUUUCCCACUGACAAAGAAAUUAUCAGUCUAUAAUUUUAAUGGUAGGUUUAUUUGAACAGUGAGAGACAGAAUAACAACAAAAAAAUCCAUACAAACGCAUGUCAAAAAUGUGAUAAAUUGAUUUGCAUUUUAAUGAGGGAAAUAAGUAUUUGACCCCCUCUCAAUCAGAAAGAUUUCUGGCUCCCAGGUGUCUUUUAUACAGGUAACGAGCUGAGAUUAGGAGCACACUCUUAAAGGGAAUACUCCUAAUCUCAUUUUGUUACCUGUAUAAAAGACACCUGUCCACAGAAGCAAUCAAUCAAUCAGAUUCCAAACUCUCCACCAUGGCCAAGACCAAAGAGCUCUCCAAGGAUGUCAGGGACAAGAUUGUAGACCUACACAAGGCUGGAAUGGGCUACAAGACCAUUGCCAAGCAGCUUGGUGAGAAGGUGACAACAGUUGGUGCGAUUAUUCGCAAAUGGAAGAAACACAAAAUAACUGUCAAUCUCCCUCGGCCUGGGGCUCCAUGCAAGAUCUCACCUCGUGGAGUUGCAAUGAUCAUGAGAAAGGUGAGGAAUCAGCCCAGAACUACACGGGAGGAUCUUGUCAAUGAUCUCAAGGCAGCUGGGACCAUAGUCACCAAGAAAACAAUUGGUAACACACUACGCCGUGAAGGACUGAAAUCCUGCAGCGCCCGCAAGGUCCCCCUGCUCAAGAAAGCACAUAUACAGGCCCGUCUGAAGUUUGCCAAUUAACAUCUGAAUGAUUCAGAGGAGAACUGGGUGAAAGUGUUGUGGUCAGAUGAGACCAAAUUGGAGCUCUUUGGCAUCACCUCAACUCGCUGUGUUUGGAGGAGGAGGAAUGCUGCCUAUGACCCUAUGUUUUUCUGCUAAGGGGACAGGACAACUUCACCGCAUCAAAGGGACGAAGGACGGGGCCAUGUACCGUCAAAUCUUGGGUGAGAACCUCCUUCCCUCAGCCAGGGAAUUGAACAUGGGUCGUGGAUGGGUAUUCCAGCAUGACAAUGACCCAAAACACACGGCCAAGGCAACAAAGGAGUGGCUCAAGGAAGAAGCACAUUAAGGUCCUGGAGGAGCCUAGCCAGUCUCUAGACCUUAAUCCCAUAGAAAAUCUGUGGAGGGAGCUGAAGGUUUGAGUUGCCAAACGUCAUGCUCGAAAACCUUAAUGACUUGGAGAAGAUCUGCAAAGAGGAGUGGGACAAAAUCCCUCCUGAGAUGUGUGAAAACCUGGUGGCCAACUACAAGAAACGUCUGACCUCUGUGAUUGCCAACAAGGGUUUUGCCACCAAGUACUAAUUCAUAUUUUGCAGAGGGGUCAAAUACUUAUUUCCCUCAUUAAAAUGCAAAUCAAUUUAUAACAGUUUUGACAUGCGUUUUUCUGGAUUUUUGUUGUUGUUAUUCUGUCUCUCACUGUUCAAAUAAACAGUUCACUAUAGACUGAUCAUGUCUUUGUUAGUGGGCAAACGUACAAAAUCAGCAGGGGAUCAAAUACUUUUUUCCCUCACUGUAUGUUGUAAUAACUGUUACAAGUAUGUAUUUUAGUCAUACUGUAUUGAGGUAUAUUUUAGUGUUUAGAUAUUUGUAUUUUUUUGUCUUUAUUAAAGAUCCCAUUAGCUUCUUCCAAGGCAGCAGCUAUUCUUCCUGGGGCCCAGUCACAUUAAGUAACAUCACAAAAUAAACAAACAAAAAGCAAAAUAAAAACAGUACAUCACAUAACAUCUCCACACCACUACAUACUGUAGGACUUGUUUUGUUGAUACUCUUGUCAAGAGCAGAGCAUUGCAUUAUUACGGACAGACCUCUCCCCAUCUUAGCUACCAUUGCGUCAAUAUGUUUUGACCAUGACAGUUUACAAUCCAGGGUUACGCCAAGCAGUUUAGUCUCCUCAACUUGCUCAAUUUUCACAUUAUUCAUUACAAUAUUUAGUUGAGGUUUAGGGUUUAGUUAAUGGUUUGUCCCAAAUAAAAUACUUUUCGUUUUUGAAAUAUUUAGUACUAGCUUAUUACUUGCCACCUAUUCUGAAAUUGACUGCAAUUCUUUGUUAAAUGUUGCAGUGAUUUCACACGCUGUGGUAGCUGACGUGUAUAAUGUUCAGUCAUCAGCAUAUAUAGAUAUAGGCUUUAAUCAGUGCCAGUGGCAGGUCAUUAGUAAAGAUUGAAAAAAGUAAGGGGCCUAGACAACUGCCCUGUGGAAUGCCCGAUUCUACCUGGAAAAUGUUGGAGAGGCUUCCAUUAAAGAACACCCUCUGUGUUCUGGUAGACAGUUAACUCUCGAACCAGAAAUUAUCAAUUUCUUUCAGCCAAUCAUUGGUCAUUUGUGUAAGUACUUUACAUGUUGAGUGCCCCUCCCUAUAAGCAUGCUGAAAGUAAGUUGUUAAUUUGUUUACUGUGAAAUAGCAUUGUAUCUGUUCAAACACCAUUUUUUCAAAAGGUUUACUAAGGGUUGGUAGCAGGCUGAUUGGUCGGCUGUUUGAGCCAGUAAAGGGUGCUUUCGCUAUUGUUGGGUAGCGGAAUGACUUUUGCUUCCCUCCAGGCCUGAGGGCACACACUUUCCUGUAGGCUUAGAUUGAAGAGAUGACAAAUAGGAGUGGCAAUAUAGUCCGCUAUCAUCCUCAAUAAUUUUCCAUCCAAGUUGUCAGACCCAGGUGGCUUGUCAUUGUUGAUAGACAACAAUAAUUUUUUCACCUCUUCCACACACUUUACGGAAUUCUAAAUUACAAUGCUUGUCUUUCAUAAUUUGGUCAAUUAUUAAUGGAUGAGUAGGUUCAGAGUUUGUUGUUUUCAUGUCGUGCCUAAGUUUGCUAAUCUUGCCAAUGAACAAAAUCAUUAAAGUAGUUGGCAAUAUCAGUGGGUUUUGUGAUGAAUGAGUCACCUGAUUCAAUGAAGGAUGGAGCUGAGUUUGCGUUUUUGCCCAAAAUGUCAUUUAUAAUAAUAAUAUGCCAUUUAGCAGACGCUUUUAUCCAAAGCGACUUACAGUCAUGCGUGCAUAAACAUUUUUUUGUGUAUGGGUGGUCCCGGGGAUCGAACCCACUACCUUAGCGCUACAAGCGCCGUGCUCUACCAGCAAAGCUUUUUUACUGUCUUUGUUUCAUAGUAGUUUCUUCUUCUUUUUGUUUAAUUUAGUCACAUGAUUUCUCAAUUUACAGUACGUUUGACGAUUUAUUUGCCAUUCCUUUUGAUUUGUCCCUCUCAACCAGAAAUGUUUUUAAUUCCUCAUCAAUCCACGGGAAUUUAACAGUUUUUACGGUCAUUUGUCUUUAUGGGUGCAUGCUUAUUAGUAACUGGAAUAAGCAAUUUCAUAAAUGUGUCAAGUGCAGCGUCUGGUUGCUCCUCAUUACACAUAACAGACCAGCAAAUAUUAUUUACAUCAACAACAUAGGAAUCACUACAAAACCUCUUGUAUGACCUCUUAUACACUAUAUUAGGCCCAGACUUUGGAACUUUGGUUUUCCUAGAUAUGGCCACUAAAUUAUGAUCACUACAUCCGAUGGAUGUGGAUACUGCUUUAGAGGAGAUUUCUGCAGCAUUGCCAAAGAUGUGAUCAAUACAUGUUGAUGAUUUAAUUCAUGUGCUUGUGUUUUCUGUGUGGUGCUGAGAUCUGGUGGUUAAUUGGGGAGUUGAUUUGUGAUCGAUGAUGGUGGUGGUGAUGACGAUGUGUCCUCUGUCUCUCAGGUGUAUUGGUUCUAUCCAGCACCUGAAGGGGAAGUAUGGGCGUGGCUACAGCCUGGAGGUGAAGCUGAGAGAGGAGCUGACGGGGCUCCAGCAGGUGGCGCUGCUCCACAAGGAGAUACGACGAAUCUUCCCUCAUGCUGCAAGACAGGAGAGGUGAGUCAGAGCAGAGGUGUGUGUGUGUGUGUGUGUGUGUGUGUGUGUGUGUGUAAUGACAUGCUAAAGCUGUCUCUGUCUUGCAGCUUUGCCAUCCUGAUGGUUUACAAGAUCCCCAUGGAGGACGUCAAGUCUCUGGCCAAGUCCUUCUCUCAGCUAGAGAGUGGUGAGUCGUGUGUGUGUGUCUCAGUUGGUAGGGCAUGGCGCCUGCAACGUCAGGGUUGUGGGUUCGAUUCCCACGGGGGACCAGUAUGAAAAAGUAAAAACAUGUAUGCACUCCCUACUGUAAAUCGCUCUGGAUUAGAGCGUCUGCUAAAUGACUAAAAUGUUAAAUGUGUGUGAUCACUCUCUGAUCACCUGCCUCGUGUUUCAUUGAUCAGUUACAAUGUAUUAAAAAUACAUAAUAAUGUAUUCUAAUGUCCUCUACUCCUCUGCCUCCAGCUAAGCAAGCUUUCAACUUUGAAGAGUACAACUUUUCACAAUCUACCUUAGAGCAGGUAAGAACUCCCUUGUGAACCUUACCUUGAAUGUCAUGUGAUCUUACAUAAUUUUACAUUGUAGUCAUUUAGCAGACGCUCUUAUCCAGAGAGAGUACUUGUCUUUCUUUCGUUCUUCCUCCCCCUCUCUCAGGUGUUCAUGGAGUUUGCUAAGGAGCAGGAGAAAGAGGAAGAGGAAGUGGGUUCCCUCAGCACCACGUUUCAGUGGCAGCGCCUCCGCCAGGACGGCCCUGUGCCUGUCAACCAAGCAGACAGCAUUGUGCACCAGCUCUGA